CACGUAUCUUAUAUAUAUAAUAUGUGUGUAUGUUGUUUCCCUAAACGGAAUUUAACCUUCCCAUAUAUACUAUAUCACAAUUCAAGACCUUUCUCUCGUAACCACGUGCUUUGAAUUUUUUUUCUACCUAUUAGUUGUCAGCCAAUUUUUCUAAAAAAAAAUUUAGUGAAAAUAUUGUUUAUUAAAAUAGUGAUUGUGUGAAGAAAAAUUGUUUAUAAAAUAAUUGCAAUGAGAAGGAAAAAAUGUGAUAUUAAAAAUGUUAUGACAGUAAUUGUGAUGAUAAUGAAAGUUUAAGUAUAACUCAAAGGAUGUCGCGAUCAACCCCGCCCUGUGGUGGUAAGGGUGGUGCCGGGAAUUCUACCCCGAGUGGCAGCCCGAAAACACCACGUGGCAGUAGUGCUCUCAGCGAGAGGGUUAACUUCUUUGAGCAAAUGUGGUCGAGAGGUAGUAGUCGAUCAGCGAGUAUGGAUGAUCUUCAGAGGGAUGAAAUAGAUGGUCAGGGGAGAAGAAGAAGCACCUCAAAUUUGGCUGUGAAUAUGCCUAGAUCAUCGUCUAGGGCUAGUAAUUCCUCAUUUGAAGAGAGCUUCGAAAGGCUCGUUGAAGAGGGGGAAUUAAAUGGAGCAAAGGUGGUGAAAUUCGAGAAGAUCACAGUGAAAAAGAGUUUUCGUGAAAUUACAACAGCAUCGACAUUAACAAGUGGAAUUGGAACCAAUGGAAAUAAUCCCACAUUAGGACAAGUGUUAACGGAAGCAAGUACACCAAGUGAAGAACAUGCAUUUGAAGAUUCAGCAUAUCAAAGUCAUAGUCAUGGAAUACAAAGUCAAUGUAGUAAAUCAAGUUCAGUGACGUCAUUUGCUAAAUUUCCCUCGGAGGAAAGUCUUAAUUUUCCAAGAAGAGGAACAAGUCCACGACCAUCAAGUGCAUUAGAUGAAAAACCACCAUCCGAAUGGUACGCUGAAUAUCGUAAUCAGAGCUUCCAAAAUAUUGGAUCAAGAAUGGAAUACGUACGAAGUCGUAGUGAAUAUGAUGCACAUAUUGCAGAGAUCAAAGACGAGCAGGAACGUGUGCAGAAAAAAACUUUUGUAAACUGGAUUAAUUCUUUUCUUCUGAAGCGUGUUCCUCCUCUUCGUAUAGAUGAUUUGAUUGAGGAUUUGAAAGAUGGUACUCGUCUACUUGCCUUAUUGGAAGUUCUUUCUGGCGAAAAAUUACCGUUGGAAAAAGGACGAAAUUUAAAGAGACCACAUUUUCUCAGCAAUGCCAAUACUGCACUUCAAUUUUUACAGAGCAAAAAAAUCAAACUUGUUAAUAUAAAUUCAUCAGAUCUUGUUGAUGGUCGACCUCCAGUAGUCCUUGGACUCAUAUGGACCAUAAUUCUUUAUUUCCAGAUCGAGGAGAAUACCAGAGCCCUAGAGUAUCUGGGACAAACUUGGGGCAGCCAAAGCAGUCUCGAAAGUAUUGGAACUCAAAGUUCAGCAGCGAGCGAAAGAAAACGCAUCAGCAGCGAGAAAUGGAAACAAGGAGCUCGAAAAACUCUACUUCAAUGGGUCACCAAUGCUCUUCCAAAAGAUUUGGGAAUCCAAGUAAAAGACUUUGGAGCAAGUUGGAGAGAUGGAGUUGCCUUUUUAGCCAUAAUUGAUGCGAUAAAAGCGAAUUUGGUGAAUUUGGCUGAAUUGAGAGCAGCUACAAACAGAAUUCGUCUAGAAACAGCUUUUCAGGUUGCCGAAACAGAAUUGGGAAUUGCACGUCUUUUAGAUCCUGAAGACGUUGAUGUUCCUCAGCCAGAUGAAAAAUCUAUUAUGACUUAUGUGGCUCAAUUUUUGCACAAAUAUCCCGAACCAAAAUCAACUGGACCCGAUUCUUUUGCUGCUAUUCAACAGGAAUAUGAUUCCCUAUUAGGUUGGCUUAACGAAAGAACCAGAUAUUUAGAGCAUUUUGAUAGAACCAACUCUUUUCCAUUAAAUUACUCCGAAUACACAACCUUCCAGACUGAAAUUGAAGAUAAAUUGCCUGUUUAUAAAAAAUUACAAAGCUUAGUUGACACACCGAGUAUGAUCAGCAUUACUCGAGAUUCUUGGCGACAUAUACAAAUUUUAUGGAACAAACUAGAAUUACAGAUGUUACGAUGGCUAUGGCUGCUGGAUUCAGCUCUACCGGGAGAAUUUGGAGAAUUGGGUAGGUGGCUUGCUCGCGGUGAAAUGAUGUUAAAUUCAGAUGAUGAUAUACCAGAGGAUAUGACCGAAGAGACAGCCAGUAUAAUUUCCAUGAAAUUGGAAGAUCAUAAGAAAUUUUUCCUUGAUUUGCCAAUGGUAGUGGAAAAAUUUCAUCGUGCAAAAAUUUCACCUCUUGCAAGACAAUUGCCAUCAGAACAAUUGGAGAACAUGGCUUUUAGAUUUGAUAGUCUUCCAACUCGUGCUGCCAAGAGAAGGAUAAGACUCAAAUUUUUAGAGCAUAAAUGUUGUCUAAUUGCAUUUCUCUUUCUUGUCGAGACAAAACUCAAAAGUUGGAGCAUUAAAUAUGGUAGCGAGGAAAAAGUUCACGAUAUGCUUGAACAAUAUAGAAAUUUUGUUUCUAAAAAUAGAAUAUUUCAAGAGUUUCAAAAGGCCUAUUUGGAUAUGCAACAGGUUGUUGAUGAAUAUAAACGUGAAGGUGAUGUUGAUCGUGAGGCAAGUUUUUGUAUUGAUCGUUUUAUGAGAGAAACUGGUGAGAAAUGGAAGAAUGUAUCUAUGGAUCUUCGUUGCGUGCAGAGUAUGCUUGAGGAAGUGGUUGCCUAUUGGCGUCGUUGGAGAUUAGUUUCAGAUGAAUUUGAAAAUUGGUUGAUAAAAGCUGAGCCAGCACUCAAUUUUCCCGAAGAAGAAAAAAUGGAAUUCUUUCAGGACAUCAGUGUUUGGAAAGAUAAAUAUCAACAGCUAUCGGACACUGUUAGCUUUUUAAUUGCUACAUCUGAUGAGCAGGUUGCAUUGCGGCUUAAAGAUAAAUACAUGAACUUGACCUCAAGAUGGGAAAGACUUUUCCAAGAUGCAAAGCAAUAUAUGCAUGCUGGAGAUUUAUUACGAAACAGAAAGGACUAUCGAGCUGGAGUUGAAAUAUUACAGACAUGGUUAAAGAAAGCUGAUGCUGAUCUAUCAACAGCUCAAUUAACAUCAACUGAAAAGAUCAAAGCCUAUGGUGAACGUUUAAAAGUACUUCAUGAAGAAGUUGAAGGCAUUGAGGAGCUAUUUAAGAAUAUCAGUAAAAAAUUUCAAACACUAAUUCAAGAUCUUUCUAGAGAUGAGGUGGAUAAAAUGAUGAACACUUUGAAAAAGGAGAAAGAAACUUUAGUUAGAGUUCGAGCACUAAUUCCAAUGCAAUUACAUCUUUAUCAUCAGCUUUUGGUGCAACAAGAAUCACUUGAAGCUGGACAAAAAGAAAUUUCAUCAUGGUUAGAUGAAGCCGAACGUUUAUUGUCAAGUUAUAAUCUUUCAGGUGGAAGAGAUUCAGCCUUAGCACAACUCGAUCGUCACAAGGCUUUUUUCUCAAGAAGUUUAUACUAUAAAUCAAUGUUGGAAUCAAAGAAUAAAGUUUUUUCCAGUAUUGUCAAAUCUGUUGAUGCACACGCCGAUGUUAAUAAUGCUGAAGGUGGAAUUGCCCUAAGACAAUUAAAUGAUCGAUUUGCCAAUGUCUUCCAAUCUGCUCAGGUCUGGGAACAAAAACUUCAAGAAGCCGUUCGUUGUUGGACGAAAUUUCGCGAAUGUGAAAGACAAAUUUCCGAAUGGCUCUCAACUGCUGAGACAUUGAUUAACGAUAAACAUAUCGAUAAUCGUCAAUCAGUUGAAUAUCACAAAAAUUUCUUUGGUAAAGUCAAUGAAAAAUGGAUUCAAGAUCUCGUUAAUGCUGGUCAUGAUUUGAGAAAUUCUUUACCCAUUGAUCAACAGGCACCUGUUGUUGAAGCUGUUGAUGCACUUCAAAGACGUUGGAAGGAGGUUUUAUCAUUUGCACCAUUACAUUUGAUGAGACUUGAAUUUAGACUCGAUGAAACAGCUUUUACACAAUAUUUAAAGGAAAUUGAAAUCGAAAUAAAUGCCGAACAACAGGCAUUAAUUAAAAAUGAAGAUAUUGGAAGUAUUCUUCAGAGAAAUAAAGAAUUUUUUGUUAAUCGUGGUAUUGUUGUACAAGUUGAACAUUGUUUGGAAUCGUUGAGAAAAAUUAGUUCAGCAUAUAAUCAAUUGCAGCCAAAUGAUAAUUUUUUGGAAGAAACAACACAUAGAGCUGAAAAAUUAUGGCAGGAUGUUAAUCAAAGAGUUGAUCAUCUUAAGCAACAACUUCGUCAAGUUCCCGAACAAUGGGCUGCUUAUAGACAAAAAUUCUUGGAAAUGGUUUGUUGGAUGGAUCAAGUUGACGGUACAUUAAGAUCAAUUUUACAAGAAGUGACUUCCGUUGAAGAAUUUGAAAAAGAAAAAACAGUUUUCCAGAAAGUUUGCCGAGAAGCUGACAAUCAACGAGAGGCAAUGAAAUGGUUGGUACAAACUCUAGACAGCCUGACGUCAAAUCGAUCAGAUCAUGAGGCAAUAACAGAGCAAAAACAUUUGGAGCAAUUGAUAACUCGUUAUAAAAAUUUGAUACCAACCAUAGAGAUUACAAUGACAAAAACUGAAAUUUACUCCAAAAGUUAUACCUAUCGAAAGGAGGUUCGUGAAGUUUGUACUCUACUACGAAAAGUUUGUGAACAAUCCACAGUACCCAUUACUGUGGAGAGUCCAGAAAAAGUCAAAGAUGCAGUGAAACAUCAAGAGACUCGCAUCACUCAACUUGAACAGCAGAGAGCAAAUAUUGUCAGUAUGCUACAACGAGGUAAGGAUCUUCUAAAAGAUCAACAUGUUCCAACCUUCAUCUCAACAGAAGUACAACAAUUGGAAUCAAGUUGGAAUGACGCCUAUGGCCACAGUAUGGAAGCCUUGAAGAAUUUGAAAUUAUCUGAAAAAUUAUGGAACGCUUACGAUGAGCAAAAACGAGAAAUAUUGAAACUUAUCGCUCAAGCUGAAGAAGAUUUACGAAACGUUAGAAUGGCUGGCUAUUAUGAUUCAACUAAAAUUCAAACCGAUUUACAGAGACAAGAGAAAUUGAGUUUAUCAUUGAGAAAAGACGCAGCUGAAAUGUUGAAAAAAUUACGAGAAACUCAAGAGAGUCUUUGUUCAGUAACAUCACCAGAAAGACAGCCACAAUUGACGGUAGAGGUUCAAGAAACAACGAAUAAAUUAGAAAUAACUCUCGAGAGAGUUGAGAAAAAAGUCAUUGAACUUAAAGAGUACAAUGUCAAGUGGAAUACAUUUCAAACAAAACUUUCUGAUCUUAAAACUUGGACUUAUCAAAAUGCUCCACAAUCAAUUGCCAAUAUUGAUUCAUCAACAUCGCCUGAAGAGAGAGUUCGUCGUACAGAAAUUUUACAAAAGCAUAUCCACGAGAAAAUAGAGAUACUUAAAAUUUUGGAAAAAGAAUCCAAAAUUCUUGUUCCAACUGAAGAUCGUCAUCCAGAAGCUGUUGAACUCAAGGAGAAUAUAAAAAAGAUACGAAAUCAAGUUGAAACACUCAACAAAAGUAUUGAUGAUCAACGUGAUUUAGCAGCACAAAAUUUACAAGCAUGGAAAGAAUAUGAAAUUGGUAUUCAAAAAUUAAAACCAUGGAUAGAAGAAGCUGAAUCAAAAGUAGCAAUGAUUGGAUCAAAACCAUCGACUUUAAUUCAAGCCACUGAAAUGCUUAGAGUCGCCAAGGAAUUCGAAAGAAAGUGUGAUCACUAUCUACCUCAACUUCAAGAACUCACUGAAAAGAGUCAAAAUAUCGCUGGCAAAGGUGCUGCACCCGAUGAAGUCGAUGCAGUGAAUACUCGCUGGAAUGCGGUUCACGAUAUCGCAGUUCAAACCACAACAAAAUUAGAUAAAUUGGUAUCAUCUUGGAAGACUUUCGAACAAGAUGCUCAACAAUUUAAUGAAUGGUUACAAAAAAGUGAGAAGGCUUCACUGAUCGAACCAAACGUCCAAACACCAGAGAUCAGUAAACUUGAGCAAGAACUCUCAAGAAUGAAAAACUUUAAUAAGGAUAUUUCCGAUCAUCAAGCACAAUUAAUUUCUCUCACACAAGUCUCAGAUCACAUUAGUCAUGGAUUAUCCCUUGAAGGUGCAACAAAUUUGAAAGGCAGAGUUUCAGAAAUAAAAACUAGAGUCAAUAAACUUGCAGAUACAGUUCGUCAUCAAAUAAAUAAAGCAUCAGAUGCACUGCUUGCAAGACAAGAAUUUCAAAUAAAAAUAACCGAUUUUGAAAAUUGGAUGAGUAGACUAAGAUCAAACACUGCUGAAAUUAACAAUGUUGACGUCAAUAAUGUAGACACUAGCUUACAAGCAGUUCAUGCUCUUUUACAAGAACAUUCUGAAAAACAACCCAAUUUUACAAUAAUUUAUGAUGAAGUUAAACAUCUAACAGCCUCCAGUUCACCUCAAGAAGCUGCUGUUCUUGACGAUAUUUACAGUACCUUGGCUGACAAGUACAAAACUCUCGAGGAUGAUCUUCAGCGAAAAAAGAAAGCUCUAGAGAAAUGGGUAGAACUCCUAAACUGGCAAAAUGAAGCAAGUGCUCAAUUAAGUCACUGUAAGUAUCAAUCAGAAGCGAGAAAACCCACUAUCACUGAUUUGGAAAGCAUCUCUUCGGAAUUGCAAACAAUUCAAUCGAAAAUCAACUUCUGGAAGGAGCAAGUACCACUAAUGGACAAUAUCUUAGGUGUUCGAAUUCAAGAUAAACAAGGUAAACCUCUAACAGCAUCAGAUUUGGUAAACAAUCUCGAGACUCAAGCCCUGACCCUAAGAACAGAAUUAGCAACAAAAAGAGAUAAGCUUCAGAGUCUUGGUGCCAGAUGGGACAUUUUCCGAAAAUUACAACAGAAAAUUAAUGAACAAGUUGUCACUACUCAGACAACACUUCAGGAAAUUACCUUAAAUGUUGAUACUUGUGAAAAAUUAUCACCUACCAUUGAGAGAAUCAAUGAUCUCAUUCAACAACAUCAACAGUGUGUUAACGAGAAAGAUCAAUUACAUCGAGAAGGUGAUACACUUUUAAAAGAAGAUCAAAGAGCAAUGACCAACAUUCAAGUUGUUUUAUCAUCAGUCGAUUCUAAUUGGGAGAAAGUAAAUGAUCUUCUUUACGAAAGUAAAAAAAAAUACAUGGAUAUGGAAAACGAUUGGCGACAAUAUCAAGAAGCAAAAGAGAAAUUAAACAUUCUUUUAGAAGAGUCAAAAAAUUUGUGCCAAUCUUCAAAAGAAGUGCCAAACGACAUUACCCAAGCUACCGUAAUCUUGGAUAAAUACAAGAGAGAAUUGGAGACUUUAAAAAGAGGUAAACAGUUCUUAGAAAAAAUGGAAGUGAAAACUCAACAAAUACUAAAAGAAGCAUCCCUGAUGCCAUCAUUCAAAACUGAGUCCAUUGAAUCUGAUGUUUCUAAAAUCAGACAAGACUAUCAGAAAAUUUAUUCGAAUGUCAUUGAGAGAACACAAAUUUUCGAAACCCAAGUUGCAAUUUGGAAACAACUUGACGAAGCAAAAUACGAUCUAACAAGAUGGUUGAGUGACACUAAUGAAGCAAUCACAUCGGCUAUUGAACGUCUAUCCGAUGCUGAAACAGGUCAAGCUAGAUUAGCAAAAUACUACGAGGAAUUACCAGCUUAUCAUAUGAUUCGUCAAGGAAUCGCUGCAAAGAUCGAGCAAUUAAUCAAACUCAACAAUAACGUUAACAUACCAACUCUAACUUCCUUAAAUCAACUACUCGAUGAUCAAUUCAAAUUCGUCAAGGAAUCAGCAGAAAAACUGGAAUCCCUAACCACCACCCUUAGUGACAAAGAGAAAAGCAUUCGUCAAGAAUUAAAGCACUCAAGUGAUCUUAUUUCCAAAAUCAGAGAAGAUAUCAUCAAAUGCGAUGAUCUCACUGGAGAGAACACAAAAAUCCUCAAUAGAAUCAACAAAUGUCAAGAAUUAAAGCAAGAUUUAGAAAAAUGUGAUUAUUCACUAUCAAAGAUUAAUGAAAGGCUUACAGAAAUGACAUCGGCCUAUCCAUCAAUAUCCAGAUCAAGUUUACCAAAAGAACUUCAAGCACUUCAGCUCAGAAGAGAUGGUGUAGCAAGUCACGCGGAUAAAGUAAACGCAACAUUGGUGGCAUUUUUAACAAAACUCUAUCAUGAGAAAUUUGGAGCUCUCCAAAGAAUGGUGACUGUUCACAAGGAGAAAAUUGCCUGGUGUGAACCUGAACAAAGCAGUGAUAAAUACAAUCUUGAAGUUAAAAUGUCAUCAUUAAAAGAUAUUGCCGCUGGAAUUGCUGAUUGUGAAGCUAGAAAAGCAGACAGUGACAAUUUCAUGAAACUUCUUGAGACUGUGGAAAGUUUUGAAACAAUGUCAACAUUACACGGUGAACGUGAAAAAGUUGCAAAUGAUCUUGAUAAUCUUAAAACUAAUUAUGAGAAGAUCAAAAAUAUUUUAGAGAAUAAUAUAGCUUUAUGGCAAGAAUAUGAAGCAAAAUCGGAAAAUGUUGGAUCAUGGCUAAAAGAAAUGGAAAACAGAAUAAGAACAGAGGGAUCUUCCUUAAUUGGUCCAUUAGAAAUUGAAGAUAAAAUCAAAGAAAUCAACAGUUUACGAAAUACAGUUAUGGAAUAUCAAAAAGAAGUAUCAGAUCUAACUGCAUUAGGAGAUCAGAUAACGAAAGUUAGUCCAGAAUCUAGAGUUGGACAAUACGUGGGUCAUUUGAACACGAGAUAUCAAACAAUACAAAAAUUUUUGAAUCAACAUUUAAAGAAAUUGGAAGAGCUGCAAAAUACAAGGGAUCAAUAUAAAUGUAGUGUCAAAGAAUUGGAAGAUUGGCUAACAGCUAAGGAGAAUCAGCUUAAUACCUUUGAUGAAAUCACUGGACCAAAACCGAUCAGCUUCUAUCAAAAUAAACUAAAGGAACUGAAAGCAUUCAAUAAAAAAAGAGAAGAGGGUCAGGCAAUAUUAAAUCGAACAGUUGAGGCUGGUGAGAAUUUAUACUCGAAAAUUAAUUCCAAUCAUCGUGAAAUCAUUCGAGCUGAUUUAAGAAAUCUUAGAAAUAGAGUCGAUGCACUAACUGAUCGUGCUAAUGCCGCUUAUAAAAAAAUUGAAAGUGAUAUGAUGCACAGAUCAUCAUUUGAAGACAAAUACACUCAAGUGAAACGUUGGGUUGUUGACGCUCAAGCUAAAUUAAGUGAAAUGCCAGAUCUUCAACCAACUCUUCAAGAGAAAAAAAUUGCUCUUCAUUCUUAUAAAACAAUUGCUCAAGAUGUGGGUGUUCAUAAAAAUAUUUUACAACAACUUGAAGAACGUUUGGGCAAUGUACCUGAUGAUGAUAAUGAUGAUGAAUCCAGCGAUAUGCUUACUAAUGUCAUUGAGGCUUAUGAUAAACUCGCUGAAAAUGUUGAAGGUAAAGUGAAUGUCGCUGAGAAAUAUGUAUCAAAUCAUGAAGCCUACCUUCAAACGUUUGAUAAAAUGAGAGAUUGGAUAAAUAUAAUUGUUAGUGAGUCAACUCCAAUGUUGGAUGAUUUGUCAAUUGAAAGAGACGCUGCAAAAGCUAAAAUUAAUUUAAUAGAAAACACUCUUCAGCAGAGAAAUGAAGGCGAUCGUCUAAUUGAAGACUGUAAUCAACAAUUAAACAUAAUUCUUGAACAAACAUCAAUAGCUGGUCAUCCAGCUCUUUUAAAAUCCUACGAGGAUCAAAAGAAGAUUUGGCACGAUUUCUUAACAAAAUGCGAAGCAUCACGUGAAAAAUUAAAUUCUCUCUUUAAUCAGUGGUCUGAAUUCCAAAAGAUGAUUGAAGCUCUAGAGAAUUGGACAAAACAAAUGGAGACUCAAGUUAAGGAUCAAAGUCUAAAAAGUACACAAGAAGCAAAGAAAGCUCAUUUAAACAAAUUAAAGAGUCUUGAAGAGGAAAUUGCAGCAAAGGGUCCUGAAUUAAAUGCCGCGAUAGAAAAAAGUCAAAAUGUUGAAGCUGAAUCCGAACUGGUGAAUAGAAUCUCACGACAAUCCACCAAGUAUCAAGCAAUCAAAAAUCAAGUGAAAGAAGCUGUUGCACGUUAUGAAGAAUUUGUCAAAGAACACGAGGCAUUCAAUGAAAAGUAUAAUCACUUUAUUAACUGGAUCAAUGAAGUUCAAGAUGAACUAAAGAAACAUAGUGAAAUUGUUGGUGAUCUUUCAGUUCUUCAAAAUCGUCAGAAAAGUAUUCGCAAUCUCGGUGAUACAAGAACAAAAGAGAAUACUCGAUUUGAAUCGAUAAUUGAUCUUGGUGAAAAAUUAUAUUCUCACACUUCACCCGAGGGUCGUGAAAUAGUUCGUCAACAGUUGAGAAAUUUAAGAACACUCUGGGAUGGAUUUUCAGAAGAACUUCAAUCGGCAACGCAAAAACUCGAUCAGUGUUUAAUGCAAUUUGCAGAAUUUUCUCUCUCCCAAGAGCAAUUAACUGCCUGGUUACGUGAUGUUGAAAGAGCAAUGCAUCAGCAUACAGAACUCAAAUCAACUUUAGAGGAGAAACGAGCACAGCUUCAAAAUCACAAGAUCAUGCAUCAGGAGAUUAUGUCCCAUCAAACAUUAGUUGAGUCAGUUUGUGACAAAGCUCAACAGUUGGUGGAUCAAACUAAGGAUACUUCUCUAAACGUCUAUCUGCAAUCAAUAAAACAACUGUUUCAAAAUAUCGUCUCUAAAUCACGUGAUUUGCUUGACAAUUUAGAAGAUUGUGCCGAAAAGCAUAAUCGAUUUAAUCUCAAAUGUAUUGGUUUCAAUGAUUGGUUAGCAAUGGAGAUUGAAAUGUUAAAUGAAUGUAACGAUGUUUCUGGAGAGAGGAGUGAAAUUUCGAGAAGAUUAGCUACUUUAGCUGUUUUGUCCGAUAGAAAAAAUCAAGGAAACGAUAUGCUGCAAGAAAUCAAGGAAUUAGUAACUGCUGUGUCGAAAAGUACAGAUCCUAAAGGACAGGAAGCUGUUAAUAAGGAAUUAUUAACGUUAGAAGAUAAGCUGAAACAUCAUCAGGCAGAAAUUGAAUCAGCAAAAGCUAAACAAAACGGAGCACUCAAGAAAUGGCAAGACUUUGAAGAUCAUCUAGAAGCUCAUUCGAGUUGGUUACGUCCAUUAGAAGCAGCUUUUAGAGAUCAACUGUUGCAACCGACUUUAAAGGACAAGGAAGAACGUCUUCAGGACUUUAAAGAAAAACGAGAUAUUCUCAUCAAACGAGAAAAGGAAAUAGAUGGAUUUGUUGACAAGUCCCAUGGUCUGUUGAAUUCGAGUGGAGUUGAACGAAUUCAGCCUCUAAUUCUGAGCAUUGAUAAUAGGUAUCGUCAAUUGCUAGCUCGUAGCAAACAAGUAAUCAGUGAACGACAAGAUAUUGUAGACGAGCAUAAAGCAUACGAUGAAGAAUUAAAGGCCACUGAAGCAUGGCUCUCUCCUCUCGAGCAAAAUCUUCAAACUCUGAAAAAAGAAGAGAUUGGCGGCAAUUUGGAUGCCAAAGGAUCGAGAUUACAGGUUCUUCUUGCUGAAAAAGAGCAAGCUGAACAUCGACUUUCUAAAUUGAUUGCAGCUGGUGAAAAAGUUCUACCAAAUACUUCAGCUCAAGGUCGUGAGCAAAUUAGACAAGAACUAAGAAAAACUAGAGAAAGAUGGGACAAUUUAAACGAAGGAAUUCUCGAGCAACAAAAGAAACAAGAUGCACAAAGUAUACAAUGGACCAAUUAUCAAGAAAAUUUACAACAAAUUUUAACAUGGUUAAAUGGAAUGGAGAGAACGUUAAAACAAGAUUCUGGAACUGGUUGGUCCUCAUUGCAGGAAGUUCGAUCAAAAUUGUUGAAAAAUAAAGCUAUACAUCAGGAAAUACUUUCCCAUAAGCGAAUUAUUGAGGGUGUUUCAGAGAAGGCUAAUGCUCUAGCUCAAUUGUCACAGGCAAGAAUCGAUCAUCAAAAAGUGGAUUCAAUUUUGCAAAGAUACAAAAAUUUGGUAGAGACUUCUCAAAAAGGUAUAUCAAAUUUAGAAUCAGUUCUUGAUUUCCUUCAACAGUUUUAUGAUUUGCAAAAAUCCUAUCAAGCUUAUCAGAAACAACAAUGGGAGAGUUUGGGAAAUUAUAGUGAUUCCACUGGUAAUAAAGCUGCAUUACAAGCCAGAUUACUGAAGAUAAUUGAGAUUCAGGACAAUCUCAGUGAAGGGGAAGUAAAGUUAAACGUAUUAGAAAAACAUGUCACACAAAAUGUUCAAACCCUAUCCCCGAGAUCUCAAGAAUCAAUGGAGAGAGAUUUGACAAAUUUAAAACUCGAAAAUAAGAAAUUUGCAAAUGCCGUAAGUGAUGCUGUUCGAAAUAUCGAAGAGAGAAUUCAACAGUGGAGUGAAUAUGAAAAUUCAUUGGAGCGUUUGCUUCUCUGGUUAUCUGAAGCUGAAUGUUCAUUGAAAAAUUACUGCUUAAAGAAUACGAUUGAAGAAAAGCAGGAGCAGCUAGAAAAAUAUCAGGAUCUGCUAAAGGUAAUGGAAGUACGGAACACUGAUGCAAUGGAAUUGGUUGCUCUUGGUGACCACCUUGAUCAAUCUUUAUUGGUGAAUCUGAGGCAAAAUGAAGCUGAGUUUGAUAAAAUGAGUGACGAUUCAUCCGAUUUGGUUCAAAUCAGCGGAGAAACGAGAUUUUCUGCUAGUGUUCAACAGGUGACAUCCAGAUUUCAAUCGAUUCAGACAACAGCUAAGGAAUUAGUGAAAAAAUGCGAUCAAGCUACUUCAGAUCAUACAGCUUAUUUAGAUAAAUAUAAAGAAUGCUUGGAACGUUUAUCAGCUGCUCAACAACGUUAUCAAGAAAUACGAGAAAAUCUUUCGGGAACACGUGAAGAAUUGGUUUUACUUCUUGAAACUCUCAAUGAAUUAUUAGCAAGGCAAGCUUCACUGUCGUUGCUUGUAAAUUCCACUGUUGAAGCUGGUGAACGUAUUUAUCCAACAACUGGAAAGGAAGGAAGAGAAAUUAUUCGUCAGCAAUUACUGGAUCUUCAGCAGGCAUUUGAAACUCUUUUUGAUGGUGUUACAUCAACGGAACGUGAAAUUAGAGCUAAAAUUUUCUGCUGGUCAGGAUUUGAUGAGUGCAGUGAGGCAUUCGAUAAAUGGCUCAAAACAACAGAAACUCAUCUAAAACCAGAAAUGGAAUUAAAAAAUACUCUCGAUGAAAAGCGAGCACAAUUGCAAAUCUACAGAACAUUCUUGCAUGAUGCACAAAUUCAUCAACAAGAUCUAUUGAAUCUUCGCGAUAAAGCUGACAAUCUACCAGAUGGAACGGAAAAAAUUGACAGUAUCUUGAAAGAAUUAGGCGAAAGACAUGCAGCUGUUUUGAAACGUGCUGCUGGAUUUGUAGAAAAAUACGAGGCAAUUGUUAGUGAUCAUCAACAAUACAGCAAGGCUGUUUUGGACACUCAUGAGUGGUUGGACGCUACUCAUAAUGCCGUCAAUCUUUGGGGAGACGCGGAUAUUGAAAGAGUUUCUCUUCACACAAAUUUGGAUCGUUUACGAAAUUUGUUACAAACUCUGCCUGAGGAAGAACCGAGAAUUCGACAGAUUCGUAAUCUUGGUGAGAAAGUCAUUCCCGGAACAUUGGAGAGUGGUCAAGUGAACAUAAGAUCACAAAUCGAUUCAUCACAACAAGAAUGGCAAAGUCUAGUAUCAGCUGUUAAGUCUACACUUGAAGCUCUAGAACUAAAGCUACAACAGUGGAAUGAAUUUGAACUUUCAAGAGAAAAAUGUCUCAUUUGGAUACGAGAAACUGACACAAAACUUCAUGCAGUUGAUUUAAAAUCAACACUAGCGGAGAAGAAGGAUCAGCUGGAAAAUUUGCGAGUCCUGCAAGGUGAAGUGAGAGCCAAGGAACUUGAAAUUGACGCUGUUUCCGAAAGAGCACAAGUAUUACAUAAAAACUUAACUUCUCGUUCUUCACAAACCUCAGAAUUAGGUGUCAAGUAUCAACAAAUCUCUUGUAAGGUGAAAGAAUUAAAUAAUCGUUGGCAGCAAUAUGUCACAUGCCAUCAAGAAUUUGCAACAAAACUUUCUGAAUGUUCAGCUUGGCUUGAGGAUGUCAAAAAUAAAUUAGCCUACUGUUCAGAUUUAAGUACAUCAACACAAAAGGAAUUAGAAAAGAAAUUGGAUAUGAUCCAGGAAAUGUUGCUUUAUAAAGAUGAUGGUUUUGCAAAGGUGCAAUGUAUUGUUGAAUUAGCUCAAGUUGUUUUGGCAAAUACAGCACCGGCUGGACAUCAAGCAAUCAAUGAUUCAUUGGCGAAAGUUCAAGAGCAAUGGCGAUCAUUAGCCUUGAAGAUGAUAGAGACCAAAACAAAUCUCGAUGAUUUGAUCAAUAAAUGGGCUGGAUUGUUGGAACAAAUUCAAUCGAUUAAUAAGACUGUUGAAUAUAUGCAAUCAUCAGUUGAUGACAUCUCCCAAUUCCAAACGACAAUGACAGAGAAACGAUCACAAUUGGAAAGAGUGAAAGCCCUCGAGGAAAAGGUUCGAUGUGAGAAUAUUGAAGUUGACAGUUUAAAAUCAAAAGUCGCUGAAAUGAUUACCAGUGGUCAACAAAGUUUAGCAACAUCUGAAGCUCAGGAGAUUCUUGGUAAAUUUGAUACCUUAUCAGAGAGGAUUAAAUCACUAUUGGCAGAAAGGGAAGAACAAUACAAGGAUCAUCGUCUUUAUAAAGAUGCUCAUGAUGAUUUAAUUGGUUGGCUAAGUCGAGCCAGGGAGAAAAUACCUUCAAUGAAACAACGUCCCUUAAGUGAUAAAUUAGCUAUUGAAAAUGCAGUCGUUCCUCUUGAAGGUUUAUUAAACAAAAAAGCACAAGGCGAACUUAUGGUUGAACAUCUUCAGCAUACUGGAAAUGUUGUUUGCGCAAGUACCAGUCCACAAGGUCAAGAAGUUAUCAAAAACGAGAUACGAGCUCUAACCGAAAGUUUUGAAAAUUUGUUUAAAGACAUAAAACAACAAAAAGAUCAACUCGAAGCAACAGUGAGUAAAUGGCGAGAUUACAAGGACGAAUACGAACGUAUCAGUGAUUGGUUACAACAAAUUGAUAUUUUAAUCAAGGCACAGAAAAAUGCUCUUCUACCUAAUGUUCAAGAGAAAGAGAAACAAGUUCAAGAAGUUAAAGAUAUUCUCAAUGAUCUUACAAAAGGACAGGAUCAAAUUGACAAGUUUAAUAAAAUUGCCUCCACUCUUCUCACAACUCAAUUGGACACUUACAUCAAUAAUCAACUUCGUCAUUUGAAUUCACGUUAUCAAGUUCAAGUAAAUCUUGCCAAAGAUGUGCUUAAUAAAGUUGAAACAAAUUUGGCUCAACAUAAAGAAUAUGAAAAGAAUCUUGGCAAAGCUCGCGACUGGAUAGAGAAUGCAAAACAAAUAAUUCGCCAAGGUACAGAAGCUGUUUCCACUAGUAGUCGAGAGGAAUUCCAAAGUCGAUUGGAUCAAAUUCAGGAACUUUUGAGAAAACGAGAAGAAGGACAAAAUCUUGUUCAUCUCACUGUUAAUUGUGGUGAGAAAGUAAUGAGAAAUACGAGAUCUGAUGGACGUGAAGAAAUUGCUGCUCAAUUAAAAGAAAUUCAAAAUGAUUGGGAACGAUUGGUGAAGAAAAUUUCCACAACAAAAGUUCAUUUGGAAACAAGUCUUCUUCAAUGGGCUGAUUACAGUUCUUCUUAUUCGCAACUCCAACAAUGGAUUAAUGAUCGUGAGGCAAAACUACAACAAGUUUGUGAACAAAAAGUUUCAAAAGCCAGAAAAGGUUUAGCUGGAUUAAGUUCUCUUGCAAUUGGAGAACGAAAGGCUAAUCUUCGUCAGACCAACAGUAUUGUUCAAGAUAUUGUAGCCUUCGAGCCAAUGAUACAAUCCGUAACGACAAAAGCUGAGGAUCUUCAGCAAGCUACACCAGCUACGGAAAUUUCCAUUAAAUACGAAACUCUUAGUAAACAAGCUCAGGAACUUUAUGCCAAACAAAAGGAGACUGUCGAACAACAUCAAGCAUUUAUAGACAGUGGAAAUGAAUUCAUUCAAUGGAUCCGAGUGGCUAAGGAACGUUUAGGAAAAUGUUCUGAACCAACUGGUGAUAAAGAAUCUCUGGCCAGUAAAAUAACACAACUAAAAGUUCUUCAAAGUGAAUUACCCGAGGGUCAGAAAAAAUUGGAAAAGGCACUUGAACAAGGAAAUUUGGCAUGUCAAAUAGCUGAUGCCGAUGAUAAAGAAAUAAUUGAGGAGGAAGUUGCUCUACUUCAAGAAGAAUAUGAUAAUUAUAUAGACUCAUUGAACAAUACAAAAAGUUUGUUGGAAGUAGGAAUUGUAAAGUGGACCGAGUACGAGGAUCAAUAUUCCGAAGCUGUUGAGUGGCUAAAUCAAACCGAACAAUUGGUUCAGUCAUUUAAUAAACUUCAAGAUAGUUUGGAAGAAAAGAAAAAUGUUCUCGAACAAUUUCAGGUUCAUCUUCAAACACUCUUUGACUGGCAGAGAGAAUUAGAUCGACUAAAUAUGAAAGCACAAGUUCUUUUAGAAACAUGUGCAGAUACAAGAAUAUCCAAUGCAAUUACACAAUUGACAACAAAAUACAAUGCUAUUUUGUCUCUUGCAAAGGAAAUUAUGAGAAGACUCGAAUUACACUAUCAAGAGCAUCAACAACACAAUACUUUAUAUCAAGAAUGUCAAGACUGGAUUGAAAGAACUCGUGAUAAACUUGCUGAAUGUAAAGAAGUGCCAAAUACCCUCACCGAAGUGAAUAAUAAAUUACAGACCUGUAAGGCUAUUCGUCAGACUUUAGAACAAGGUCAAAAUAAGCUUCGCUAUGCACUUGAAUUGAAAGAAAAGGUAAUAAUGAACACUGAACAAAAUGGAGCAGCAAAAAUACAAGAGAACACUGAGAAUUUGAAAGCUGAUUUUGAAAAAUUAUUGUACGAUGUUGAGGAAGUGAGGCAAAAGCUUGCGUCUAGAGCCGCUGUCUUGGAAGAAUUAAACAAAAUGCAUCGCUUGAUAACUGAUUGGAUUGAGGAAGUGGAAAGCAAGGUUCAAUUAGAAGAAGUUCACAGAAACGAUCUCAGCGAAAAGAGAGCUUUACUCGAAAAAUACAAAACUGUUCAAAGAGAUGUUCAGGCUCACGGGGAAAGUAUUGAUCGAUUAAAAUCGAGACUCGCUGAAGACACUAAUAUUCUGAGAACUCCUUAUGAUGCAACUCUUGUCAAAUACGAGGAUCUACAAAAAUUGGUGGCUCAGAAAGUCAAGAGUCUCGAAGCUCAGGUAAAGGAACAUGAAAAUUAUCAACAAGCCUACAAUGACGCAGCGGAUUGGGUUCGAACAACAAAACUGGAAUUACAACACAACAAUGAUACUCACGGUGAAAAAGAAAUAGUCAUAGAUCGAGAAAAAAAAGUUAAUCACAUUAUUCAAUCAUUACCAAAAGGUCAAUCGCUAAUUUCCAAAGUCAUCGAGCUCAGUCAAUCGGUAGUUUUAACAACUGGACCCGAAGGUCAAGAUAUAAUUAAUCAGGACAUGAGCCAACUCCAAGCCGAUUGGAAUAGUUUACAAUCUCAUUGUCAUGAGACUCAGAAUAUUCUUUCAAACUGUCUUGGAUCUUGGUCACAAUUUACGAGCGCAUUAGAUGGUAUGAAAAAGUGGAUUGAUCAAUUUCAGAAAAAGAUAAAUGAAGAACAAUUAAAGGAAAAUAAAACUCCUGAAGAUUUGGCUAGAUGCAAAAAGCUUGUUGAGGAAGCUUUAAAUCAAAAACCAGUUCUUGAAGAUUUGAACGAUAAGUGUGAAAAUUUAAUGGAAUUAAGUGCAUGCAGUUGGGCGAGGGACAACACUGUUCAUCUUCAAUCUGCCUACACUUGUCUUUUGACUGAUGCUCAAGGUUUGGUAUCUAAAGUAGAAAAGAAUUUAUCAGAUCAUACAGAAUUCUUGAAGGCCAAAAAGGAGCUUGAACAAUGGCUAAAAACAGCUCAUGGAUCUGUUCAAGAUUGUGUUGGUGUUGGAGAUGUUUCUUGGGCGAAGGAUAAACUACAAACAAUAAAGUUGGUAUCAACGAGAAUCACAGAGGGCCAACACUUGUUGUCAACUCUUCAAAAUGCUUUUGCAAAGGCAAUCAAUACAGCUUUGCCUGAACAACAAGAUGAGCUCAGAAAUGACAUGGCAGCCUUAAGAUUAAGCUGGGAACAAUUAAGCAUUGAUCUCAACACGGUUCAAGCUCAAAUUAAAUCUGUUUUGAAUCGUUGGGAUGAUUACACCGAAGCUCAUAAUCGAUUUGAACGAUGGCUAUCAAAAACUGAAGAAAAUCUUCAAGUCUUACCUGAUACAAAAGGUGAAUUUGGUGAAAUGAAAACAUUACUAGAAAAAUGUAAGCAUUUAACUGAUGAAGUCAAGAGUAAGCGAUCUGAUUUGGAUCAUUUAUUAACCGAAGCUAAUGAACUCUCUAAAUGGUCCAAAGAUGAUACCUGCCAAAAGCAAACACAAUUACUUGAAAAUCGUUGGCAAAAUCUAGGAGAUCGAGUUGAGGAACAGAAAAAAUUAGUCGAAAGCGAAGUACAAGAAUACAAUGCCUAUCAUUCAGCUCUUCAGGAAACAGAAAAAUGGCUAUUGCAAAUUUCAUUCCAAUUGAUGUCGCACAACUCUCUAUAUAUCACUAACAAAGAGCAAACUAUCGAACAAAUGAAGCAACAUGAAAAUUUAUUGGAAGAAAUUCAAAAAUAUCAAUCAGUGUUAGAUGAUCUCAAGGCCAAGGGACAUGGACAAAUUGACCGUUACGAGUCAGCUAAACCGACAAUAAGACAAACCAUUGAGACUCAACUUCAAAAUGUUCAAGAAAGUUAUAAUUCUCUUUUGAAUACUGCUCUGCAAAUUAAAAGCAGAUUAGCCGAGUCCUACGCCAAAUUCCAAGAAUAUGAGAAUACAUUAGAGAGUAUUACAAACAAUUUGGAUGCCUACGAGCCAGAAGUUGCUCAAGAACUUCAAGCACCUCUUGACAAUUUAAUAUUAGCCGAGGAGAGUUUAGAAAGAGCAAGAAUUCUUCACAAUAAACUUCAAGCUGAGAAAGGAAGACUUGCUGUGGCUGUAGAAGCGUGCGAAGCUGCAGCUGCUUGCCUUUCGAGACCUGGAAGUCCUCUUGAUGCACCACCAGUUCAAAUUCCAGCAAAGGAAAUUGAAGUGAGAAAUCGCCUCGAAGAUCUCAUCGAUCAGAAGGAUAAUGGAGAUUCAGCUCACAGGCUAAAAGCAUUGAUAGAAAAUAUCGAGCGCAGUGGCUUCUUAGUGAAACUUAACCACUUGUGUUGUGAGAUGCAGACACACUUAUCGAAUGUGACAAAAUCAGUUAAUGAUUUAGAAGAACAAAAUCGUCAAAAGAAUGCACUACGUGCCUGGAUCAAUCAACAACGAGCAAUUUGUGCUGAAUGGAAAUCAAGACCAGCAAAAUUGAGAAGUGAAGCUGCUCAAGCAGAACUUCAAGCAAUGAAUGAUUUACUUUCAAAUGUUGGUGAGCGAAGAUCAGCUGCUUUAACAGAAUUGUCACUAAUUCCAGAACAAGAUGAUGAUAUUGAGGAAAGUUUAAAUAAAUUAGAAGCUGAAUUACUUGAAGCAAUUGCUGGUAAGCAAGCAUCUCAGGAUUUAAUUGAAAAAUUCAGAUAUCACGUUCAGGAUAUUCACACUUGGUUCGAUACACUUUCAAAUAAGAUAGACAACAUUGAGAAAGGAUCAGGUUUAACGAUUGGACAGAAAAUUUCCUAUAUUAAAGAUAUUGCAUCAGAAUUUGAAAAACAAGGACCAGAGAAAUUAGAUGAGGUGAAAAAAUUAGGCGAUCAAGUCAUGGAUUCUGUUAGUAAUCUUGAUUCUCAACAAAUUGAAGAACAAAUUAGAUCUGUUGAACGUAGACAUGCUGAUAUUGGCAAGAAACUUCAAAGAAAAUCACAAGUACUUGAUAUGACAGCUCAAGGUAUUGAAGCUACCAGAAAGGAGAUUCAAGAAAAUCGAGAUUGGAUUCACGAUAUUCAAGCUGCUGGUUUUCCUGGACCUGCUGGUUUUGAAAGUAAAGUGGCAGAGGAAAAACUUUUGGCUUUGAAGGCAACACUCAAAGAAGUGGAAGGCAAACAGGUGAUAAUUAACGCUUUGGAGAAACGGGUAGGUAAUAUUCAAAAUGAAUUAGAAUCCAGUGAGCAAAAACAAUUGGAAGCUGAUACAAGAGCUUUACGAGGUGAGCAGGUGAAUCUCUGUUCAGUUCUCAGGGAGGAAAUUGCAUCAGCAACAUCGGCUGCUGAUGCUCGGAGAAAGUUAGAAAAUGAUCUUGAGAAAGCUCACGCCUGGAUAAGAUCGAAGAGUAACGAUUUGAAAAAGUUGAGCAGUUACUUGCCACUAAAAGCUUUUAAAGUUGAGCAAGAUAUAGCUCAACAUAAUGGAUUGGAAGCUGAUAUCAGGGCUUUUAAUGAAAAGGAUCUGAAGGAUAUUUUGAAACAAGGUGAUAUUCUUCUUAGGGAAUGUAGCGAAGAAGAUAAAACACGUCUGCAAGGUUUGUUAAACGAUUUGAGUAAAGAAUAUGAACAACUACAAAAAGAAGCUGAGGAGAAACAAGCUGCGCUUAGAGAUCUUCUUCAAGGACGUAAGGCUUUCGAGAAUGAGAUUAGUAAGUGCGAACGAUGGAUCAAGGAAGCUGAAGUCGCUACAUCUUCUGAAAUCAGAACAUCCAGUGUUGAUGUUCUUCGAGAACAACUUGGGAAGUAUGAUCGUUUGAAAAAGGAAGCCAAAGAGUUUGCCGAUGAUAUAGAGAAAAUAUGUCAACAAGGAAAAUCAAUCCUACCAACUGUGAGUGAUCUUGAUAAAGUGGAAUUAAGUGAGCAAUUGAAAAAUAUGAAAGAGGCUCAUGGAAGAGUAGCUAAUGUCAUCAAUGAACGAGCAGCAGCUCUUCAAAAGAGUAUCGAUGAAAUGGAAGAAGCGGCGGCAAGAGUUGUAGAAGCUGUUCAAUUCAUGACAGACAUUCAACGAGAAAUUCAAGAACUUAAUAAACCAAUUGGUUCAAAAGUCGAAGACGUUGAGAGUAUGCUGGCUGCAUAUGAAAAAAUUCUAGGUGAUUUGAAAGAGAACAAAGCAAAACUCUCAGAUCUUCAAAAUGUGAACCUUGGCAAUCUUCAUGGUGUCAUAACUCAACAGAAUGAUUUAAUCAGUUCUUUGGAAGCACAAAUUGCUAAAUUAAGACAACUUCUUCUUCUUAGACAACAGUUUAUUACUUUAAUAAACGAGAUAAUGACUUUUAUCGCCAAAUACACGGAAAUAGUUCGAGACAUUGAAAAAGGUGGUCAAACCACUGAGGAGAAGAUUAAAAAGUACGAUGAUGUUAUAUCUAAAAUUCAAGAAUGUGAAGCUACACUCGCUAGUGCUACCGAUAAAGGUCAACAAAUCGCAGCUGAAGGAUCCACUGCUGAUAGAAAUAAUAUAACUGAACAACUUCAAUCACUCAAACAACAACUUCAGACCUUAAGACGUGCCGUUGAGUCACAACGAGAACAACAUGAAUUGACUGCUGCUGAGCAUAGACGACUUGCCAGUGAAUUAUCUGAUAUAUUAGAAUGGUUAGAAUCUAGAGAAAAGGAAGUAAAAACUCGUCCUUUACUUCAAAGAGACUCACAAAAUGUAGAGGAUGAACUAAAAAAGCACCAAGAGCUAUGUGAUGAAGUAAAUGAAUACCUUGAGAGAAUUAGAAAUUUAAAAGAAUCAGUAAGACAUGAAGACGAUAUGCCUGGUUCUUUAAAAGAAAUGCUAAGUGAAGCCGUUUCUCUUCUAAGUUCACUACCCAGAGAAAUGGAUGAGAGAAGAAAGUAUUUGGAAAAUAAUUUACAACUGAGACUUGAUUAUGCUGCUCUAACCGAGAAAUUACACAAUUGGGUAAAGGAAGCUGAGAUCAGACUUCAGAGUGACAAAGAUGGACUUGAUUUUCAAAAUAUUUUGACUGAUCUAGAAGAGUAUAAGAUCUUCUUCAACAGUGAAUCGUCAAUGAGGGAAUUGGUUUCUCAACAAAUUCAGCAAGCUGCUGACAAAAUUUGGCCUUCAUUGAACACUGCAGAACAAGAAGAAUUGAGUGCUGAACAACAACAGCACACUCAACUAUUGAAGAAUACAUUAAAUACUGCUAAAUCCCAAAAAGCUCGACUUGAACAAGGAGCUGAAACCUGGAGAGAUUACACUCAAACAUUAGAACGAGUUAAAGCUGUUAUUGCAAGAAGUAAAUUCACUGAUGAACCAGUAACAACGCUUGCUGGACUUCAGUUUAACAUUCAGAAAAUUGUCCACGCUCUUAACAAUAUUCAAAAUCAACAUUUUGAAUUAGACCUUUUGAACGAGAGAGGAAAGGAAAUUCUUCGACAAGCUGAUGAAACAAAUCGAAAGACCAUAGAAAAUCAAAUGGAGGAAAUCAGCUCCGAUUGGCGUGAUCUUGUUUCUGGAUUGGAAGGACGUCGUAAUACUUUAGAGGCACUUUACGAACAUUGGGAACAAUUUGAAACUCAAUGGACAAAUGUUGAAGCACGACUUAAUGAAAUUGAAGAACGAAAUAAAUUUACUCAAACUAUUGUCAGAUCUGGAGAACAUCUGUUGGAUACCAUUGGUGUUUUGAAUGAAAUGUUGUCGGAUGUGGAAAGUUUAAAACCUUCUGUGGUGGAAAUUAGAACAUUAGCUGAACCUGUUCUAGCGUAUUUAACUGCGUUUACCGAGGAUGCUGCACGUUCUCUUGAGGAACGCAUCGAAAAAUUACAAAAUGCUGUUGAAACGCUUAUCGAUUCAAUCCGGAAAAAAUCCAAGAAGGCGAACUCUGACCUCAAGGACAUUGAAAAAUUCCAAGAGGAGGAGAAACGGUUGAGCAUUGAACUUAAGGAACUCGAGAAACAAAUUUCAUCCUUCUAUGUCUUCAGUGCAAAUCAAGAGGCCACCGAGACUGAUUUGAAAUUAUUAGAAUCUCGCGUUGACACACUCGUUGAAUCGUUACGUGAAUUUUCAGCAAACACUAGGGCGCGGUAUCAAGCUAGUCAGCAGCUGGUACCAAUUGAUAUUGAUCGACAACUCACAUCUUUGGAAUUUCCAGUCGAAGGCAUCAGUCAAGCCAUGGAGGAAAAGCAGAGAGAACAAAAACGUGCAAAAACUACAAGAUCUGAUUAUUUGACUGAUGUGGAACAAGUUCAAUUAUGGGUUCGCGAUGCUGAAUUAAAAAUUCAAAAUCGUUCAAUUGAACCGUCGAAAUUGAUGGAACAACUUCGUCAAAUUCAAAAUGAACUUGGUCCCAUGAAUGAUAAACUUGAACGAUUGACACGAAAUGGACAGAUUAUUGUUGAGAAUACAAGAGAUGAAAAUGAGAAGGAGAUUAUUGUUAGUACAAUUGGUAAUUUGACGGAUCAAAUGGGACAGGUGAAAUCCUGGUUGGAUGAGAAGAAACAAUUGAUUGGCGAUGUACUCGAUGCUUGGCAGAGAUUUCUUGCUUUGCAUGAAGCUGUUAAGACCUGGAUUGGUGAGAAGAAAGUAUUUCUCGUCGAGCCGCUGAAAUUGAGUAGUCUCAAUCAAGCCAGGCAGAGGCUUCAUGACUAUUCGACUGCAGUGAAGAGUUGUAAACAAGUGAAUAAGAAUUUGAGCGACAUGGGCAAAGAAUUGGAAAACAUCGGUCAGGUAACUAAUGUCGGUGAUCUUCCGGAAAAACUCACUGCUGUUGAAGAAGCAAAAGCUGAAGUUGAGGGUCAACUUCUGGAGAGGAAUGCACUGUUGCAAGAGACCAGCGAAGAAUGGGAGCAAUGUGAGAAAAAAAUGAAGGACGUGAAAAAUUGGAUUGAGAAAGCACAACAGAAUCUCGAAUCACCACAGAACAAAAAGAAGCCAUUGAGGGAUCAGCAUGCAAUUAGAGAGAAGAUGCUGAGUGACAUAACAAUUCAAAAAACAAAAAUCAGCAUGUCCGUUGAAAAGUUACAGGUCCAUUUCCGAUCUGGAAUCGGUGGUGACAGUCGAGUCAGUGAAGCAGCUGAUGAACUUCUUGUGGAGCUGGAUCUUCUCAUGAAUACAGUCAAGGACCAAACAGCCGCUUUGGAGGCUUGUCUUCAUCAAAUUGAUCAGUACCAACAGGAAAUACAACAAUUGAGACAGCAUAUAGUGCAAGCUGAACAACAAUUGAGAGCAAUUUUGAGUCCAACUUAUCUGCCAAAUGAUAGAGAAAAAGCCCUAGAGGAACAACAGACCUUGCAGACACGAAUGGAUAGUUGGAGGCAACGCACGAGAACACUGGUGGAUAAGAUUCAUGCAGUGGAUCCAAACUAUGUCCCGCUCAGUGAGACGAUUGUCAGAGCCCCUGGUAUUGUGUCGUACGCAGACAUCGCUGCGGGAAGAUCACGUUCAAAUUCGCGAUGCAAUAGUCCCUUCAGGACCCCUCGCGAUGAACCUCCUCCUUCCUCCCUGACCACUCAGGUCCUUCGACUCACGGCCAGCAAAGCCGAAGCCUAUCAACAGGCUUCAACAAGUGCUACUGAACCAUCUGAAGAAUCGAAAAUUACAGCUAGAAAAAUUAAUUCCAAAAAAAUUGACUCCGAGAGAAUAGAUUUUGAAAGGAUUGAUCAAAGUCGUCGUGGUCGUUCACCAACAAGAAAAGCUGAAAGAAAACAAGAGAAGGAUACAUCUGUUAAAAUUAAAAUAUCCGUUAGUGAGGAAAUAUUUAACGAACCAACGGAAAAAGAGAUGAAAGGAUUAGCUCCACAGGAAUUAAAAAAAGGGAGAUCACCAAGUCCCAUUUGGGGUCCUGGAUCCCCUUCGUAUGCCAAUAUUCUCAGAGGUCGUAUGCAGGAAAAUUUAUCUAAAGAAACAUCCAAAUCUCGAGAAACAGAAUCAAUAACUAAAUUUCCUGUUGAAUCCCAUCAACAUCGUAGAUCAGAAGUAAAAGAUGACACAGCAUCAGCCAAACAAGAUACCUCUGUAAAUACAGAUCAAGCAUCAAUGGGAAAUAAUCCUGUAAAUGUAACAAAAGAUAAUCUCAACGUUGUAGCGGAAAAAAAGGAAUGGUCCGAAAGUGAAACCACCGACUGGUCUGUUAAUCCUUAUGAAACGCCAGUUGUUCCCCAAACGGAUUUGUACACUUAUCCCACACCCGAAUUGGUAGGAUUCAUCAAUACCCAAUUGGGAACCUAUCCUUCGUAUGUUUACGCUUCAACUCAUCAACAACAAAUGGAACCAAUUAUUCUCAGUUCCUAUGAAGAUUCUUCCAAUUAUCCCGGAGAAUUUGUUUCGCAAGCCAAUUAUUUGCCAACUGGUGCUAAUCUAUAUCCCCCAUCUCAAGUUCCUCUAGCGAAACAAUCUUUAAAUGAAUUUAUUCAAUCUGAUUUGAUUCAUCAAUCAAAUUUGAUACAACAGCCUGGCAUGAUUCAAGAAAUAAUUCCCCAAUCCGAAAUAAUUUCACAAACUGAUACAAUUCAACAAUCUGAUAUGAUUCAACAUGAUGCCAUCCAACAGGCUGAUAUUCAACAACCUCAAUUUUUAGCACAACUUCCAGUAGAAUCACAACUUAAACUAGUUUCAAUGAGUCUUGAAUCUGACAAGGAAGAAGAAAAAAGCCUUCAAUCAACGCAACAAAUUGUGGAAAGUGAUGGAGCGGAAAAUAAAGGUCCAUCAAUAUCGUACGCUAAAAUAUUAUCACAGGGAUUGAGUCCACGAGUGACUCCACCUCCAGUUGCUCAUAGAGCUUCGAGUUCUAAGGAGAGUUCAACAUCACGGGAAAUGACACCACAAGAGUCGAAGAUAACAAAGAAAAGCGAACCCGAAAGUUCUAGAGUUCCUCAGAGCAAAAAAAUGGAAAAGAGAAAGCCAUAUGCAGAUAAAUCUAAACCGGAUUUUGAGAAAAAGGAUUCAAAAGUUGAAAAAAGUAAAGAAAGGAAAGGAUCAUCUAAACCAGAAUCCGCAAUACAGAAAGAUCAAAAGGUACAUGAAGUGAAAGUAGAAAGAAAACGUGAAACUAAAGAGGGGAAGAAAGAAGAAAUUAAAAGCAAGGCGAAGGAAGACAUUAAAGCAACGAAAAAGGAAGAAUUGAAGGAAAACGUUAAAGAAGAAACGAAGGAAAAGAAAAAAGAUGUAAAUAAAGAAAAAGUAAAGGAAGAAGAAAAAGAAGAGAAUAAGAAAACGUUAGAUAAAAAGAAGAAUGAAAUAGACAACCAGAAAACGGAAAUUUUAACUGAAACGGAGAUCCAAAAGUCUGAAGAAUCAGAGAAGAAACGAAAACAGAAAAAGAAAAAGACUGAUAAAUCCACGGUAGACGAAAUAGAUAAAGCUCUUCAAGAAAUUGAGAUUAUGGACAAAAAAAGUAAGCACAAAAAUAUUGUCAAAUCUAAAGAAGACAAAAUCGAUAAUGAUGAAAAGAAACAGGAUAAAAAUCUUGAUUCUUUGAAAUCUACUAAAUCGGAAGUAAAAGAUAAAAAGUCUGAAAAAACUGAAAAUAAACCAGAAAAAGAAGCUUCAGAUUCCAAAUCACAGAAAGAAAUUUCAAAAAUUAAAAAACUAGAAUUACCCAAAGCAGAAGAAUCUACAAUCAGUAAAAAGGAAUUACCAUCUAAACCCAAAAAACAAGAAGAAAAAAUAUCUGAACUUGAAAAAGUAGAAUUACCCAAAGUAGAAGAACCUACAACCAGUAAAAAGGUAUUACCACCUAAAGUCAAGAAACAAGAAAAAAUAUCUGUACUUGAAAAAGUAGAAUUACCCAAAGCAAAAGAAUCUACAAUCAGUAAAAAGGAAUUACCAUCUAAACCCAAAAAACAAGAAGAAAAAAUAUCUGAACUUGAAAAAGUAGAAUUACCCAAAUCAGAAGAAUCUACAACCAGUAAAAAGGAAUUACCACCCAAAGUCAAGAAACAAGAAGAUAAAAUAUCUGAUCUUGAAAAAGUGGAAUUAUCAAAAGUAACACAAGCAAUUUCUGAUGAUAGGAAACAAAAAGCUAAAAUUGAAGUAACUGAACCAAAAAAUAAAUUGAAAAAUUCUCAAAAACCUAAGAAAAAGGAAUCUGAAGUUCCUAAAUUUUCUAAAGACGAAAAAGAUUCUAAAGAUACCGAUAUUGCUAAGAAUUCACAAACUUCCAAAAAGACUCAACUUUCUGAGAAUCUAAUUUCCAAGGAUGUUAAUGAACCAAAGGAUUCUAAACCUCCAAAGGAGACUAAAAUUUUUGAAGUUUCUACAAAUCCUGAUUCUAAAUCUUCUAAAAGUCUCUCAGAUCCCAAGAAUUUAAACGAAAAGAAAGCUAAAACUUCUUCACAAGCAACAGAGAAGCCCAAAGAAAUUGUACCAUCAAUUGAAAAAUCACUAGAAAUAGCAACGACAGAAAAUCCACAGGAACAAAAAGAUAAGAAAUCUAAAGAUAUUGAUUUAGAUAAAAAAAGCAUAAAAUCACAUCAAACUGAUAAAAAUUCCAAACAAAAACCACAAAUAUCAAGUGAACCAAAAAAAUCCUCAUCAAAGGAAGUUAAAUCCCAUGAAAUGUCUGAGACCAUCCCAUUAUCAGAAACAAAAAUCAAAAAUGAAUUUAUCAGUUUACGACCUGGAACCGCUGAAGCUAGUAUUGUGACAACAUACGCAAUAGUAGGUGGUGAAAAAAUAAGUGAAAUUAUAGAUCAAGAUUCGAAGACAAAUGAGUUCAAUUUAAAAAUUGACGAGGAACAUUUGUUUGGCAGUGUUAAAGACAGAAGAACGUCUCAUUCCGUUACAGUUCCAAAAUCUGAUGUAAAUGAAGAAACGAUCCAAAAAGAAAAAGAAACAAAAUCUCCAGAGGCGUCUUCAAUAAUUUCCAAUAAGAAAGAGAAAGAUCUUCAACAUCUUCAAGAAUUAAUCAAACCUUAUUGGCUCGAUUAUCACACCUAUGCUCAGGCAGAAGUAGAUUUUCACAGAUUUUAUAGAGUUGAAAAAAUUAUUGAAGAACCACAUCCUCCAGUCUCAACUGAACCCAGAUCAACGGAUAUCGAAAAAUUGGUACAAGAAUCGAGAAUGAAAACUCCGGAUGUUCAACAAAAAGGGAAUGUAAAAAUAAAAAUAUCACCAAAGUUAGUACAACAUUCCGAAGUUGAGGAUGCGGAAUCGAUGAAGAAAUCUAAAGAUGAAUCGGCUGGUGAAUCUAAACGUACAACUGUUAUAGAGAAGAAUGUUGAAGGUGAUCUAAAAUGUAAUAAGGUAUCCAAAUCUAUAGAGAAAGCACCUACUAAACCAGCUGAUGUUUCUGUAUCUAAAGAAGUAAAUAAACCAACCGAUAAAUCAUCGACUAAAUCAACUGAUAAACCUCUAGAUGAUUUGACACCUAAGGCAUCUGAUAAAUCAAUCGAUAAGUCAUCCGAUAAACUAGUUGGUAAAUCCAAAGAUCAAUCGAUCGGUAAAUCUAAAAAACAUCCUGCAGAUGAGCUGGAGCAACCUACUGAUAAAUCUGUAAGUAAAGUAAUUGAUAAACCCAAAAACCAAACAGGUGGUAAGUCGAAAGAGGCUGAUGUAACUAAAGAUCAACCUGAGGUUAAGUCUAAGGAUCAACCAAUCGAUAAACAAAAACACCAAACUGAUCAGUCGAAAGAUCAACCAAGUGAAAUACCUAAAGCUCAGCCAACUACUAAGUCUACAGAUAAAUUAACAGACAAUUCUGAUAAAUCAACCACUAAAUCUGCUGAUCAAUCAACAAAGAAAUCAAAAGAUACAUCAGCUGAUGAAUCUAAAGAUCAAGCAGUUGGUAAUCAAUCACCUGAUAAACCUAAAGGCAAAUCAGAUAAGAAGACGAAAGAAACUGAUAUAUCACGUGAACAAUUGACGGAUAAGUCUAAAAAUCCACUAAUUGUUGAGCCUAAUGAAAAACCUACUGAUCAUUCUAAAGAUAAAUCAACUGAUAAAACUAGAGAUCAAUCAACUGAUAAAACUAGAGAUCAAUCAACUGAUAAACCUAGAGAUCAACCAACUGAUAAAUCUAAAGAUCAACCAACUGAUAAAUCUAAAGAUAAAUUAACAGAUACAUCUGAUAAAACAACUAAUAAAUCUGCUAAACAAUCAACAAAGAAAUCUAAAGAUAAGUCAACUGAAGAAUUAAAAGAUCAAACAGUCGAUAAGUCUAAGGAUCAAGCUGCUGAUAAAAAAAUGGAGUCAAGUAAAAAGCAGAAAGAAGCACUUGCUUCUACAUUGCAUGAUCAGCCGACAAAUAAGUCUGAGGAUCCAGUAAUCGAUAAAUCAAAAGACCAACCGAUUGAUAAAUCGAAAGAUCAAUUACUUUCCAAGUCUAAAGAUCAAGCAACUGAUAAAUCUAAAAAUCAACUAGCCGAUAAAUCGAAACAAGUAGAUGAUAAAUCUACAUCCGAAUCAACUGAUAAAACUGAUAAACCACAACAUAAAUCCAAAGAUGAGCCAACUGGUAAAUUAAUUGACAAAGCUAAAAAUCAAUCAGCCAAUAAAUCAGAAGAUCAUGCAUCUGGAGAUAAAUCUUCAAAGAAACCUAAAGAUGACAUAAUUGAUAAAUCAAAAGACCAACCGAUUGAUAAAUCGAAAGAUCAAUUACUUUCCAAGUCUAAAGAUCAAGCAACUGAUAAAUCUAAAAAUCAACUAGCCGAUAAAUCGAAACAAAUAGAUGAUAUAUCUACACCCGAAUCAACUGAUAAACCACAACAUAAAUCCAAAGAUGAGCCAACUGGUAAAUCAAUUGACAAAUCUAAAAAUCAAUCAGCCAAUAAAUCCGAAGAUCAUGCAACUGGAGAUAAAUCUUCAAAGAAACCUAAAGAUGACAUAAUUGAUAAAUCAAAACACCAACCGACUGAGAAAACGAAAGGUCAAUCACUUUCUGUGUCUAAAGAUCAACCAACUGAUAAACCUAAAAAUCAACCACUCGAUAAAUCGAAACAAGUAGAUGAUAAAUCCACAUCCAAAUCAACUGAUAAAACUACUAAAUCACAAUCAAAAUCCAAAGAUGAGCCAACUGAUAAAUCUGAUGAUCAAUCAAUUGACAAAUCUAAAAAUCAAUCAGCCAAUAAAUCCGAAGAUCAUUCAUCUGGAGAUAAAUCUUUAAAGAAGUCUAAAGAUGAAGUAAUUGAAAAAUCUAAAACUCAGUCGAUUGAUGAGCCUAAAGAUCAACCAACGAAUGAGCCUGAAAAUCAAGCAAGUGACGACUCUAAAUUAAAACCAAAUGAUGAACGUAGGGAAAAAAUGAAAAGAAAAUAUAAAGGUGAGCCAAUUGAAAAAUCGAAACUUGAACCAACAGAAAUGUCUAAAGGUCAACCAAUUGAUAGCCCUAAAGAUAAAUCGACUAAAAAAUCUAAAUUUAUUUCCACUAAUGAAUCGAAAGAUGAAAUGAUUGAAAAAUCUAAGGAUCUAUUAACUGAUAAGUCUCAAGCUCAAGGAACCGAAAAAUCCGAAGGAGAAGCAAAACAAAAAGAAGAAGCAAAGUCAAAAAAAUUAGAAGAAAAAUUACCAAUUCCAGAAAAGGAGUUGUCAGUUCCAUCAGUAAAACCAGUUCAUCUAGUAUCUGAUGACUCCUGGAUGGAUAUUUUAGACGACGAUUCUUUAGUUAUUGAUGAUGAUUUCGAUGAGUUUGAACCACUUUCACCAAAUUCAUCUGUCGAAGAAACCAAAAAAACUGAUCAAUCUGUUGAUAUAAAAUCUACGAAACCGGAAAAUAAGAAGUCAGUACAAACUGAACAAAGUGCUAAAAAGGAUGUACUAGACCAAAAAGAUCAGACAGAUCAAAAGAACCAAAAAGAUAAAAAGGAUCAAAAGCAUCAGAAAAACUUAAAGCAUCACAAGGAUCAAACUAUGGACACAGCAACAAAAGAAAAAACAGAUUCCAAAAAUCUUUCUGAAUUAAACAAAGUUAAAAAUUCAGAAACUAUAGAAAAGUCUGAUUCUAAAUCAACCGAGGAAUCUGAAAUUAAACCCCAUCCAUCAACAGACGUUCUUCAAACGGAAUUAGUCUCCGAAUCCCAUCCGCCAGAUUCUGAAGAAUAUAAAUUACCCAAAUCUUCAAAGAAAAAAUUGAAACACAAGAAAUCUGCAAAACAAAAAGACUCAAGUGAUGAUGAUCAAAAAAUAGAUCAACAUAUUUCCGAAACACCUUCAGUUAGUUCCCUAAAAGCAAGCAAAGAAGAAUCUGCCGUAAAGCCUCAUAUUUCAUCCAAAGAAAUUAUAUCUGUAAAAUCCUCAGAAAUUGCGAAAAACGAUAGUACUACAUCAAAGGAGCAAAAUACUCCCAAUACCAAAUCCUGGGCAUCAGUUGUUGGUGUAAAAGAUUCCCAAGUUCAAGAAUUAGAUAAACCUCUAAUCAAAAUUCCUCUCACGACUUCCGAUCUAACAGACAGUCCUACUGAUCAAACUCUUUCUCAAGAAGAAGCUAAAAUUGAUGAAAAAAUUAAAUCCCCAUCUACAAAACAAGAAACAGAAAAGCAACCACCUCAGAAGAAGAAUAAAAAGAAUAAACACAUGGAUUCAACACCUAAACAAAAGAAAAUUGUAGAGAAGCCUGAUGAUUCCUUGAAUACAGAAGAAAUUUCUCUUCAGGAAACAUCUGCUAAAGAUUCAAACAAAUCUUACGCUCAAAUUACAGCAUCAAUUUCCCCACAGCCCGAUCAGGAUGAUCACGAUAUUUUAAAACCGAUUCCAAUAAAGGCUGUUUCCCAAAACGAUAAAACAAAACCUGAAAUCACUGUGCAACAAGAUAUGCAAAUUAAGAAAGCUGAUAAAGAUAAACGAAUGGAGGGUGAUAAAAAAUCCGUUAAAGAUAAGAAAAAUGUUAAAGAUAAAAAACCGAGUGAUGAUAAAAAAACAACUGAAGAUAGCAUAUCAUCAUCUGUUCAUGAAACUAUCACAUCAACUAAACCUCUCUGGGCUGACGAAGUGGAAAAGGAACUUCCAGUUACUGAUCAAAUGACACUAAUUUCAGAUGACACUAAAAUUGAAAAUGAUCCAAAAUCAGAAAGUAGUUGGGCUGCUGUUGCAGCCAAGCACAAAAAAGAGGAAACACUUGAAAAACCUGCACCUCCUGUUACUAUUUCCAUUCAACGUUCAACACCUCAAAUACAAAUUCACCUAGAUGAGGCUCCAGAAGUAGAACCAAUUGAAAAUCUUGUUCAAGUAGAUGAUCAAGGUUUUAUGGAAUAUGUCAAUAGAAAAGAAUUACGAUCCCGUCGAUCAAGGUCUCGUUCCAGAAACAGAUCACAACUUCCUGAUAAUUCAACAAUCGAAAAUAUUGAAGACUCACAAAAAGAAGCAAACUCAUCGAAAAAAUCUAAUGCAGAUACCAAAUUAUCAUCCAAAAGUGAAAAAGAAGAAAAGAUAAAGAAGGAUGUUGACGUUAAGAGUAAAGAUUUAUCAAAGGCUGGAGAUAAAAUUAAAACUGAUACAAUUGGCGAUGAUGCUAUUACAAAAGCAACUGAUGAAUCAGGUAGAGAUAAAUCCAGUGAAGGUAAAAAAUCGAAAAAAGGUAAAAAAGGAAAGGUUGUAAAAGAAGCAGAGAGUCAGAAGGAAAAAGAAAUUCAUGAUAAAGAAAAGGUGAAAUCAAAAGAGGAAAUCAAACCUGAACAAGGUAUGGAGAAAGAUAAAAAAUCAACUGAAGAAGAACUAAUUGAUGAUGUAAAAAGGGCUAAAGGUGAGAAAGAAUUAAAAGCAAUAGAAAAAGUUGAUGACUCAUUAAAAGGAGCUGAAACUAAAAAGAAGAAGAAGAAAAAUGAAAAAUCAUCACAGCAGAAGCAAGAAUCUGAAUUGGAGGCACAAACUUCGAAAGCCGAGGACAAAAAAGUACCAAAACAGAUAUUACCACCGCAGAAAAUGGAUAAUAAAUCCGAAUCUGAAAUCCUAACAUCAAAAAUAGAAUCAGAAACUUCAGCUAAAACUAAAGAUAGCAAAAAAGUUUCUUCCGACGAUUCUAAAAAAGAAGUUCAACCUACUACUGUUGAGAAGAUUGAACAAGUGCAGGAAAAAGAGACAGGAACAAGUAAAAAGAAAUCAAAAUCCAAGUCGAAAAAAUCAAAAGACGAUGAACUAUCAGAAAAAGAAGAGGAAAUUCCAAAAAGAUCCUCAAUAUCAAAAAUAAUUGAAACGAAGUCAUUACCAAAAGAAGAAAAAGAGAAAUUACCAGAGGAAAAUAUAAUUUGCCAAACAGCAGUUUUAGUAACUAAAGUUGAAGCUUUAUUAGAAGAAACAACUUCCUCUGUUCAAGAUAAGAAAGCUAAAUUCAAAGCGUCUCUAAAGAAUUCAAAGCAACCUGAAAAAAUUGAAGCAAUAAAAACAGACGAACCGAUGAAAGCUAUCACACUCCCUGAAAAAUUAGCAAUUACCGAAGGGAAAAUAAUAAAGAAAGUUGAUGAUUCGAGUUCUGAAUUAUUAGUCGAUCCUAAUCAAAAUGCUCCUAAAAAACCAGAAACUGGUAAAGCAGACAAACCUGAUGCUAAACCAAAAGAAACCAAACAGACCCCAACUGUCGAGAAAUCAGAAUCUAAUAAGCAACAAAAAUCUAAAACGCAUCCUACUGCUGAAAAAUCAGAAGCUACGAAACAAUCUGUUGUUGAGAAAUCAAAAACUAAGCAGCAACCUGCUGCUGAACCAUCCGAAGUUAAAAAACUACCGGAAACAGAUAACUCAACGGAUAGGUUACAGAAACUUGAUAAGCAAGAAGAUAAAACCAGAAAAUCAGAAGCUAAAGAACAAUCUGAUGCUGAAAAAUCAAAAUCUGAAAAGCAAUCUGUCGCUAAAAAACCUGAAGGAAAACCCGCAACUGAUGCAGAAAAAUCUACCAUUGUUGAACAGACAAAAGCAACAAAACAACCUAGUGUCACAGAAUCAGAAACUGUAAAAUCAUCAGAUGUCCAAAAAUCAAAAUCAAAAAAGCAAGAGAAACAAAUACCAAAGCAACUGUCUGAUGCUGUGGAAUUGGACGCUAAAAAAGAUCUUGUGGCUGACAUGGUUGAUAACCAAUCAGAAUCUAAGAAACAAUCUGUUUCUAAACAAUCAGAAGCUAAAAAACAACCAAUUGCGGAAAAAUCAGAACCUGAAAAGCAGGUUGCUGAGAAACCUAAACAAACUGAUUCUAGAAAGUCAGCAGAUGUGAUGCUAAAAAUGGUUGAACAAGAAACAACAAAGCAACCUGGUGUUACCGAAUUAGACAAUUCAAAACAGUCAGCUGCGGAAAAAUCAAAAUCUACAAAGCAACCGAUUGCUAAAAAAUCAGAACCUAAACAAACACUUUCUGAUGAAUUAAAAUCAAAAGACCAACCUGAGAAAACUGAAGCUAAAGGUCAACCUGAUACUAAAAAAUCACCGGACAUAACACUAAUGGUUGAUAAACAUUCAGAAGCUAAAAAGCAACCUGAUGCUGUAAAACCAGAAUCUAAAAUUCAGCCCAUUGCUGAAAAACCACAAACUAAUCAGCAAACUAUUGCCAAUAAAUCACCAAUUAAAAAGCAACCUCCUCAUGAAAGAUUAAAAAAAGUAUUUGUCGUCGAAAGUGUCACCGAAUCAGAACCCACAUCACCUGUAUCGACAAAAUCACCUGCUGCUAAUACAGAAACAAAAAUAACAAAAGUUGAAGACGUUAAACAUCUAAAAUCUUCUCUAAGCCAACCAACUGAAACCACAAAACAAACGGAAUCGCCAACACUAUCAAAAAACGAUCAGGACGUUCCUAAAGUUCCCGAUCCUAAAAAAAUUCUCUACACCGAAACAAUAGAAGCACCCUCUAAAACCGCAUCCCUACCAACGAUGCGAUCAGAUUCAAUCGAGUCACCAAUUUCCGAAGGACAAUCCAAGUCGAGAGUUAAAUUUUACAUAGCCGACGAAAUCCUCGUAAUUCCUCAGCAUAAGGAAAAAGACUUGGAAAAGGAGGCGAAUUUUGUAAAACUUGUUCAAGAAUCCUACAUACCAGGAAGUAUUUGGCCUAAAUUUGCAUCUCUCGAUGGAGGUUUUUGGAUUGACAAAAGACCCUAUCAUGAAGCUGAAAAAUUAUUAUUCGAAACACUAGCGGCCAGAACAAAAAAACAAACUUCAAACAAACAAUUUAAUCAAAAUCCCCCCAAUGAUGAUGAUUCCAAUGAUGGCUCCUCUGGUGGUCGGGGUCGUAAUUCUAGUGGUAAAACAAAUUCCCACGGUGACGUUCCCCAUACUGAACGAUUGGUCGCGGAUUUGCCGGGUGGCAUUUGUAGCUGGAGCGAUUAUAGUACCUAUUUAUCCCAUGAGAUCAUCAACGAUCAACAGGACCAAAAUGUGAAUCCAAUCGUUGAUAGGAUGACCGAGGAUCAUGAUGUGACAAAUUUAAAAUCAUAUUCCCAAUCUUCCAAUAAUUUUGAGUUCGACAAUUUGGAUUCAUCCAAAGUAAACUCAUCAAAGUUGAAAUCUUUUAAUAAAGAAUCCACCAAUUUGGAAAUUUCCAAAGCAGAAGCCACGUGUUUGGAAACAUCCAAAAGUGAUGCCUCCAGUUUGGAAUCUUCCAUGGUCGAUACUUUGAUAUUAGAAUCAUCCAAAGGAAUAAUCUCAGCAGAAGACAUUUCCAAUCCUAAUCCUAAAUUACAAAUUAAUCCUAAAUCCAAUCCUGAAUACCAGCUCAAUUUAGGUAAAGAGAAAAGCGGAUGGAAGCAGCAGCCAAAUUUACUGGAGGGAGAGAGAGAUGUGACAAUGAAGACUGAAGUUAUUAACAUCCAAUGGAUUAAGGAAACAAUGGAAUCGCGCGUUGACGAAUUACGAAAAGCUGUUGCUGGUCUAAGUGAUUCUUUAAGAAAUCUACCAAAAGACAGUUUACAAUCCAUGUUUACCGCAUUGUCGGCAAUAUUGACGGAAUUACGGUCUUACAAUGAAAAAGCAGAAAAAUUGAAUCGAGACGUUAGCGAAAUUCCAGGGGAUCUUGAAAUUAAAAGACUGCUCGCUUCUUUGGCUGGAAUUCGUACAAAAAUCGUGACUCUUCUUACGCAAACGGAACAGAGUCACGCAGCUCUAGCGGAAGCUUGCACAAUUCAAGAAAAAAGGGACAAUGAAAUAAAAGCCUAUAAAGAAUUUUUGGAUGAAACAAGCAAUUGGCUGGAAACCACUGUCUUAACAAUUAACAAUUUUUCAGCUUCAGACUGUGAGGAAUUGCAGACGGAAUUAUUGAAUCGAACACAACGUGUUUCUGAAUUGGAAGAACUUCCGGAAGUAAAUAAUUUAGCGAGAGAAUUAAAAGAAGCUUUACAAGAUCUUGCAAAUCGUCUUCAACAAAAGCAGCAGGAAAAUUCUGACGCAUAUUCCCUUAAAGAUGAAGAUCAAGACGCAACACUUGAUCAAGCACCAUCAUUACGAUCCAGUUCACCAUCAUUGGCAGAUGUCUCUCUCCAAACGGGUCAAAGUUUAUACGAAGAUCAACCAAUUCAAGAGAAACCCAUUCAGCUCUCUAAACAAACAUCAACAACUCAAAUGACAGAACCAGUCACCACCGCAGCAUCAACUGAAAGUGCCCAAACUCAGGAGUCAAUAAAAGUUCUAAAAACCACCGACGGUAAUCAUGAUGUUAUCGAAAUAGCCACGAAAAAUGUUCCAAGUCAAGAAUUCAUCAGACGUGAACAGGGAAUCAAUCCUGAUGAUAUAGUGGUUGACAUGAAAUAUCAAGAUGCUCAACAACCAGAUAGCGUCACAUCGGAAUUGAAUAUUCAGCAUGCUGCUCCUCAAUCUUUUGAAACAGUUCUUGUUGAACCUGACGAUGUCACCACUGAAGUUGUUGUUGACAGUGAUGGAACCAAGAGAAUCAUUGUUAGAAAAUUGAGACGAACACUUGUCACAAGUAGACAUACCACACAGCAACAUGUUUCAUCAUUGACAGCAGCCAUUGGUGAUAAUCCACCAGUACUACAAGCCUUCUCCGAAGCAACCAUGAGAGGUCAACAAGUCACUGUUUCAACAACAAAACCCGAUGGAACCAUAGAGAUGUCAACUAAACAAAGUUUCGGUGGUAGAGUCACCACCGGUGCUCCAGGAACGGAAGUCAACAUUGAAGAAUACGAAAGUGUUCCCCAAAUGACGCACAGCAUUGUUCAGGGUAAUAUUCAAGAUAUCGAGCAACCUCUAGCUCUAAAAGAGGCUCUUGAUGAGAAUAUUGAUUACCAAACCAAAACUUCCACUGUUCACGCUGUUGUUCAACAAGUCACCAGACGAGUCAUACGCAAAACCCGCAGAAUCAUCAGAAAAGUGACGAUAAUCGAUGGCAAAGAAACUGUCACCGAAGAGGUGAUCGAGGAACCUGAAGAGGUACAAAUCGACGAACAGGAUAUACCACACAUUAGCAUUAAUGUUGUCAAGAGUGAAGAUCACCGCAGCAGUGACGUUAAAGUCGAUGAAAAUGUUCCCGAAAAAGAAUCAAGAAAGCAGUCAUUCCCAGCAAAGGAAGAAGAAGCCUCUACUUCAGAAAUUGCUAAAAUUAAAACUGAAACUCCAAAAGGAACUUCCGAAUCUGAAAGUCCACCAUUCUUUGCUACCGAGGCUAAAGAAACAACAUCCGAAGGUGUCGAAAAAAAAGAAAAGAAGUCGAAAAAGAAGAAAUCUUCUAAACCCACAAAAUUGUCUUCCCAAGAAUCGAAAUCUGAAUCGUCCAAGAAAUUAAGCGCAACAGAAGAAUUAGAAAGCAAAAUAAAGAAAAAGGUCGAACCUAUCGUGGAGUCAGUGGUGGAUCCUCCACCUGGAACGAGUUGUAAGUCUGAUGUUGCACCUGUCGAAACAGAGAUACACAGUAUUGAUUUAGAAUCAGGCACAGUAGAGUUAGAAGAGCACAUUGACGAUAGCACAGUAGACUCUGAUGAUCAUCACAAAGCCACUGUCAUUCCAUUAGAAAAACAAUCAAUCAUAGAAUCAGAUAGUUUAGAGUCUCAAGAGUCUCGAUCAUCAGAACUUGAUGACAAAUCAGAAGAUGAUGAACCAAAACGAGAAUCAAGAGAUUCUCAACCGGAUUUGGAAAAAUCGAAAGAGCAGCAGUCCAAAGAUCCUGAGAUUUUAACUCACGACUUAGAACAACCAAAAUUGGAAAAAUCUAAACAAUCUGAAAAACAUACGACAGGAACUGUGAAAUCAGACAAUCAACUAGAAGAAACACCUAAAGAGGAAUUAGAUGAUUCUCAACGGGACAGAAUGAAAUACACGGAAUCUUUUACCCUAUCAUCAACGCCAAAGAAAAAACAAGAUGCAGAUCAUCAAGAGAUUGCUCUAAAACCCGAGUACACAUCAAUCCAAAAAGUCGAAAUUGAUCUCUCGGUUCAAAAAGACGAUGAAGGUCCGUCUGUAUCAGUAAAGACUAGAGUGGAAAAACCCGAAGAUUCAAGCUAUCAGAUAGUUAAAGAAGCAGUUGAUAUCGAAUUACCAAUCGACUCUGAAAAAGUUAAAAUCAGUAAUGAUAAAAUAGUCCAAACCACUGCAUUCCUUGCAAGUGAAAUUGAAACCGAAGUCGAAUCAAGGAAACCAAAAACACCUAAAUUUUCCAUGACCGAUAAAGCAACCAGUAUUAGCGAAGGUAAGAAAACACCUAAAGACGAAAUUUCAACAAAGAACAGCGGAGAAGAAUCGACAAGUGUAACAACAACCAUUGCCGAAUCAGUUGACAUCAAUAUUCCCGUUUCGGAUUCAUCAAUACGCGAAACUGAUCCACCACAACCGGACGUUGCAGAAAUUACCGAAACAUCUGAAUCAGCCUCAUUGCAAGAGGAAACCUUUGAAAGGGAUAUUGGCUAUGAGCCAGAUGACAGGACAACUGUUGAUGAAAUUCCAAUUGCUUCUGAUAUUGACGACGAUGCAGUAAAGAGAAAAAGAAAAAAGAAAAAGAAACAAAAAGUAAAAGUACCACGUGAGGAAGAUGUCACCGAAUUUCCAAAGAGUACAACAGAUGAUGCUGAUUUUACCGAUGAGAUUGUACCCGUACAGGGAGAAAGUGGCAAGCUACAUAAAAAAUCAAGAAAACGAAAAAGAAAGAAAGAAGACAUACCAAUGAAAAGUAGUGACGAUGUUGUUACCGAAACUGAUGAUCAAUUCCGACCAACUGAAUCAGACGCAGCUGAAAAUAUCAAUAUUUCAAUGCAAACAUCACUUGAAGAAACUCCACAAACCCAUGAACAUGAAAUUCAAACUGUGAAAAUUGAUGAAAUUCAUUCGGAAAUGCAAACAUCACCGCCACUCGAUCAGGAAAUUGCCAUACAAACCUCACCGACCAAAUUAACCCAAGUGGAGACUACCUCAAUGCAAACAAUCUCACCAGAAGGGAUUCAAACUGAAGAUAGUGUUGUUCAAACAACUCCAGUUAAUGAACCACAAUCACCAAUUCAAGUAGAGGAAAUUGAUGUCCAAACAAUUGAAGUCGAUGUAGACUCAACGGAAAUACAAACUUCUCCAAAAACAACAACAGAAAUGGAAAUUCAAACUUUGACCAAAGCCGACGUAAACGUAGAGCAGCAAACAUCCCCAGAACCAGUUCCAGAAAAACCUCCGACGCAAGAAACGGCAAUGCAAACCCAAACUCCGGAAAUUACACCAACUACGGAAAUUGACAUACAGACUAGCAAACCACCUUCCCCGGAAAUUAAGCAACUAAAAGAUUUCGACACCCAGACUAAUGAGGUUCUUGUUAUAACUUCCGAAACUCAAACAACACCAAAAGAUAGUCCUCGAGUUGUCGACGUUCAAGAAACUGAAAUUCAAACAAUUCCCAAAGAAGAAGUAGACGUGGUUUCACAAACUAGUCCAGAAUUAGAAGAGACUUUGUAUAAAAAAUCCGAUGAUAUAUCAAUGAAUCAAGAAGAAACACAAACUAGUCCAGAACCUGAGAAAGAGACUUCAUCAACUUUCAUUCAAACAAAACCUGAAGAAUUAAUUCCCACAGUCGAAGGUGGUGUUCAAACUACCGAUGAAGUUAGACCAUCAACAUCAGUUCAUCAGCAAACAGUAAUUGAAUCAAUUGACAUAACCUUAUUACCCGAAGAAAUUGAAGAAGAAGCAAAUGAUGAUUUGCAACCUAUUGUAGAAUCUCCCGAUAAAACACCAGAAAAAGAUGAUGACAAGGAUACAGAAACAAACAUUGAAAUCGAAGAAGUUUCUCCUUCAUUAAUUGGAGGAGUUGCAUCAAGUCCAUCCUUACCUCAAAAAACGGAUGAAUCUCUUCAAGACGCUGAGGAUAAAUUUAGAUCAAUAGCCACUGGAAGAUCUACAUCCAUGUCAGAAACCGAGUCAACUGACAAUUCCUUUGAGAUUCAACUUCAAGCAACUCUGAAAAUGUCCGAGAAACAUUCACCAGAGCUUUCUGUAAACGUCAGCAAAUCUAGACGUCAUGACAGUAAAGACGAUGAAGAUUCCUCCCUAUUGGAAAGUGAAACUGACAAGAUAGUAAAGAAACGAAAAAAGCAAAAAAGAAAUAAAACAGUUGAAAUUAAAAGAACUGGUCCAGAUUUUGGUGAGAUAUCAACAUCGCCAAAGCAAGAGAUUGUCAAACUUUCAUACUCUGACGUCACCAAAGGAUCCAAUAGAUCUUCAGAAGAACGUGAACAGAUGUUUGGUGUUCAUAGAGAAAUUUCCAUUGACAUAGUCGCUGAACCAAUGGACACAAGUGAAGAACAACUUUCGCCAACAGAAUCAAUUUUAGAUGAAAAUAAAAUCGAACCAGUCAAAAAAACACUGUCUGAGAUGAAGAAACCAAUCCACCAAAAAUUGUUAAAUCCAAUUGUUUUAAGAACACAAGCAUCAAAAAUGAUGUCUAAACGCAUCAAGAGUUCUCCAAGUCCCAAGCAAACUUCUUAUUUAUCCAAUUGUCUACAUAUCGCAAUGCUGAAUCAAAUUCCAAUUGAGAUGGCACCCGAACAACGAUCUGCCAAUAUAAUGGAAAAAUUGGGUCAUCUAAAGAUUGCCACUGAAGUUCAUGAUGCCGAUGUGGCAGAACAAAAUUUAAUUACAAUUGUUGAGACCAUAUCAACAUGGUUGGAAACAAUAGAAUAUAGAGUUUUUCUAAAACGAGAAUGUCCAAAUGGACCAGUACAUGGAGACGAACGAAAUUAUCUUCAACUAAAAGAUGAAGUUAGUCACGCUGACAAUAGCAUCAAGGAACUUGAUAAAAUAUGGAAAAAUGUUGAACAAAAUUAUCCAGACGAGGAUCGAGAGAGAAUUCAAGAAUGUGUUAAUGCUUUGGAAAAUCAGGUGAAAGCUAUUGAAGAAAUUACAAAUGAUGGUGAAAUUUUUAUGACUGAAGAACUAUCAAGGUGGGAUCAAUUUUUAAACAGCGUUAAUAACAUUUACAGACUCGUCGAAGAACAACAAAAACAAUUAGACAACAUUAUUGACAGUGAUGCCUCGACAAAAUGGAAGCUACAAGAAUUGGACAAACUGGAAACAACAAAUCAAUCACACAUGUGGGAGGCAUCAAAACUUCUUAUAACAGCUCGAGGAUUACUAAAAGACUAUCCAGGAAAGACAAUUCCAGAAGAUAUUUAUAUAACUCAUGAGACAACAGCGACUAUAGAACAUAAUAUUAAUGUAGAAAGAGAACGUCUCUUGCAAUUGGAAGCAUUGGCUGAAGAAUAUGAACAAACACUUCAGGAAUUUGCACAAAUUACCGAAAUUGCUGAGGAACUUGUUGAUAGUCCAAUUUCUGUUAUCAGCGUUGAACAUCUUCAGGAAGAAAUGCAGAAGCAUAGAAAAUUUUUCGUUAAUUUAAAUCAUUGUCGAGCUAUUUUAGAGUCUUUGGAAGGUAAUUUGGAUUCUGAAACAAGGGCAAAAUAUUCGGGUCUUCAUGAAGAGUUACAUGGUCGAGCAACUUCACUAUUGGAUCAAGCGGGUUUUAAGGGUCAACAAAUGUCUCUAGCAGCUUCUAGAUGGAUUGUACUUGAACAAGGAAUGAAAGAAGAGCGAGGUUGGAUGCAAGUUGCUCAUCAGAGAGUGCCUGAUUUGCAAACAGUCACAUCUUCUGAUUAUGAUCAAUACAUUUCGCUUUAUCAGUCUCUAUCAUCAGAUGUUGGAACACAUCAUGCGCGUCUACUUCAGCUUCUAAAGAUAUCGCAAAAUCUUCAAGAAAUGAUAAACGUUGAGGAUCCAGAUGAUCGAUACACUGAGGCUUUAGAUGUGAUUAUUAAACUCCAAGAGAAUGUUGAGUCUUCAUUAAGACGUUUAUUGGCUUUCAAGGAAAGUUGGAGUACUCAGGAAUUAUUACUUGAUCGUUUAGAGCAUUGGAUGUCGAUUGCUGAAAGAGGACUUGCCACUAUUCACGAUCCUUCCGGUGGCAAUAUGCGUCAAUUCUGGGAGCUGAAGGCUCAGUACGAGGUUCAUAAUAAUAUGCGAAAGGAGGCUGAUAAUUGUUUUGAGCAAUCUUUGAGAAUUAUUCCUCUAUCUGAUGAGAUGUUGCAAAGACAAUUUCGUGGACAACUUCAAGAAAGAUGGAAUCAAGUGACAAACAGAAUUGUUGAGAUAGAAUCAGCAGUGAGGAAAAAUAUAUCAUCGGAAGAGGUUUCGGUUAAUGAGAAAUUAAAUCUUCUCGAGAGAGAAUUACAUGAAUUGAGAAUGACAAUUGAAGGUUUUCAUGGAGUUUUAAAGACUGAAGAGGAAUUGGAACUCUAUGUUGAAAGAUUGUCUGUACUAUUUGAUCGCGUUUGUGUUAUUCAGGAGGAAUUAGGAAGAUUGGGACUUUUACCAGCAGCAGAAAGUGAACGAGUGGGAAUACUAUUGUCAACAGCGAGAAGAAUAGAGGCUCUGAUAAGUGAAGAAUUGGAUGCUGCUCAACUUCUUCGUGAACGUCUUCAGGCUUUGGAACGUGGAUUGACACGAGUUCGAAGAGCACAUCAGAAAGAGAGUUUAAUUUUGGAUCAAUGUGAAAGUUGUGAAAAACAGGGUAGUGAUAUUGUUGCCGGUGCUGUUGAUAGAUGUCAAUUAGUUUCUGAAGAAUUGUCAAUGCUCUGGCAAAAUAUAAUGGCUUUGCGUCAAGUGCUACACACAUUGCCAAUGGGAAUGAGAGUUUCUGUAUCGCCAGUUGGUGUCGAGAGGGAUAUCUCUAAUAUUCAGGAUGAUCACACUGAACUUGAAUCACGUUGUGCAAGAAUUUUUGCUUUACUGAAAAAUAGACUUGGUUUGUGGAGACGAUUUGAAAGACAACUUGAAAUGGUUCAACAAUCUGUUCAGGAGGCUGAUUAUAUGAUGGAGUUGCUGACUGUUCAAGGAUCUGUGGAUUAUGAUAGGCUGAUCAAGGCAACUGAACGUUUGGAGGGAUUAAAUGGUGAUCUGGGAUCCAGAGAAGUGCUGAUUGGUGAACUUGAAGCAGCGGCUGAACCCCUGCGUGAGUCGUGUGCCGCUGAAGUCAGCGAAAGAGUUGAAGCUGCAGUAAAUGAAGCUGUCCAGGCUUGGGAAGACACCAGGGCCGAGUUGGAUGCCCUUUGCAAUAAAUAUCAACACGCUGUUAAACUUUGGCAACAAUAUCGUGAUUCAAGUUCAACGGUGAAAAAUUGGGUUGACACCCAAAUGGGGAGUGUUGCUAAUCUUCCACCAGAAGAAGCUCUCAAGCAGGUCAAGGUUUGUGAAAACACAUUAGCAGAACAUAAAGAGCGAGUAGCUGAACUUCGAGGUCUGGUGGCCCAAAUUGCGUCCGACGUUGGCUUGGAUGCAAAUGGACCUCUUCAAUGUGAAGUCGAGGCACUGGGAAAACGUCUUGAAGAUGUGCGAGAAACACUAUCAUCACUGGCUGAUAACGCCGAUGCAAGAGCAAUUAAUCAAGAACUUGCACGAGAAGAUAUUUAUCAAACGAAAAAUUUCCUAGACUCUGUUCAACAGAGUAUAACAUCGGUAGGACAUGGAGAAUCAAAUGAACAGUUAAAAUUACUCAGAAAUCAUCUUUUGGCCUUGACACGAACUGAACCUCAACUGCAUUCCAUCAAGGAACGAACCUUGGAAGCUUCCACUCAAGAACCAACAAUCGUAGAUGUUCUUCAAUUGUGGCAACGUGUCUUCCGUGAAACCUUCCAACAAUAUCAUAGACUUUCUGCACGUCUUGUUAAAACCCAAGAUGUUGCAACUGCCUUGAGACUAUGGCAAGAAUACUUAACUCACGUUCAAGAAUUUCUCUCAAAUGACGUUCCAGGAGACUAUAAUGGACUCUCGGAACAUCGAAAUCUCUGUGAAGUUCACAAAAAUCUAUUGACUGAUCAACAAAAUUUAAUUCUAAUGGUUCGCGCCGGAGAAGGUCGUGAUCUCUCGAUAUCAGAGCAAUUUAAUACUCUCACGAAUCUUCAUAAUGAAACACUCGCGAGAAUUAUGGAGAGACACGCGGCUGUUAGAGAUCGUCUUUCGGCUUGGGAUAAAUAUCGAAUUGAUCAAAAUAAACUUUUGGUGUGGUUAAAGGAAAUUGAGAGAGAGAAGGGAAGAUUACAAUUGAGAUUUAUUCAUUUAAGUAGAAUCGAUAAGAUUUUGAAGAGGAUAGAGAGUUUAUUGGAUAGGAUACCGAAUGGAGAAAUUCAGACAGAAUCAUUGCAGCUUCAACAGGAGAAAUUGUUGAUUAAUUGUGAUGAAACUUUAGCCGUAUCGGUGAGAAUGGAGCAUGCUGCAAAUGUACAGAGGAUUACUAAUUUGAGAGCCAGUUUGGAGACGUGGAGAGAUUUCAUAACCAGGAUAAAGAGAUUGAAUGAUCGACACGUGGAGCAAUCGAGCAAGAUCACUGCCACCUUCCAAGAAGUGAGUCAAGCCUUGAGUUCUGCCUUCCACGCUGGUCCAUGCAAUCUCGUGCAAACCCAACAGCAAUUGGACUCACUGCAAGAUCUAAAAAGUAAACUCGUAAGUACAACGACUGAUCUCGAAUGCCUUGGCGUUACCACGGAACAAUUGCGCGAGUGCCUUAGUCCAUCGGACAUGAAAUCAUUAAAUCAACACAGUUCCCUACUAUGGCAACAGCAUGGAGAUCUCGAGCAUCAGCUUGCAUUACUAGUUUAUAAAUUAGGUGAAAGAUGUGGUUUACAUUCAAGAUGGAAAAAUAGAUUAGGAAGAUUGUUAGUGUGGUUGGAUGAUGCCGAUGCAAGAAUUAAUAAUUGUGAUACAAGAGUAUUAGAUGAGCCCGAUGAAGCAUUAAAACGAAUUGAAUGUGAAUUACAAGCUGAAAUGGCAUUAAAACAAAGAGAACUUGAGUGGCUUCACAAUACUGGUCAAGAUUUAAUUGAAAUUGCCGAGGAAAAGGAGAAAAGGAAAAUACAAUUAUCAUUGGAACAGAUGAAUGAGAGAUGGUCACGUUUACUAACAGCGGGUAAAGCUAGAGCAAAUAAACUAACAGAUCUUGUACAAACAAUGAAUAAUCUUGAAAAGAGAAUAGCCGAGAUAAGAACAUGGCUUGGUGGUAUAGAAUGUCAACUCUCCGAACCAUUUAUGAUUGAUUCAGUGAGUCAAAGUGCAGUUGAUAAAAAACUUGAGGAUCAUGAACAAUUGCAAAAAAUGAUAGAGACCGAGAGUGGAAAUAUUGGUGAGGUAUUGAAUCUUUGUGAAAUUUUACUUAGCGAUUGUGAUGCAUGGAAAGCGUCAUUCAAUACGGAUGCAAUUAAAAUUGGAAUGGAGGGAUUGGAGAAACGAUGGAAGGCAACAUGUAUCAGAUCGGCUGAUCGUAAAAGGCAGAUUAUUCUAAUUUGGAAACUUCUACAAGAUUUAGAAGCUGGAAGAUCGAAUCAAGAACAUUGGUUGAAUGAUAUGGAAAGUCGUGUUCUUGAAUUGGAAAAUGCUGUUAAGGAUAUUUCCAAGGAAGAUACCGAAAAGGCAAUAGUUAAGGCGAAAAAAAUUUCCGAUGAGAUUAAAUCUCGUGAUUCUACAUUGAGAAUUUUUGAACAAAAUUAUAGUCGUUUGGCAAAAAGUGGAUUAGAGCCGGAGAAUUUAAAAUCAUUGACUAUUAACAUUCGUCAUGUAAUUGAUUGGUGGCAUGGAUUGAGUCAUAGAGUGAAUGUUAUAACAGCGGCACUAAGACAGGAGCAAAAGAUUUAUCGAGAAUUUAUCACUGCUCAUGGUGCGGCGGUGGUUGGCCUCACACAGGUAGAUGUGCGGCUUACUGAAUUACAACAUUUGACAUCGCCAAAGCAAACAACACCUCGGAAAAAAUUACAGCAACUCGCUUCUAUUGAAAAUGAAUUGGAGACACAGAAUGCAACAUUGCAAAAAGCUGAUGAAUUAGCUUUAGUGGUAAUGAGAGAAAGUCAUCCGGAUGAUGUGAAUACACUUCAGGAAUUAGUUGAUGAAUAUCAAUUACUCUGGAGGGAUAUAAAGAAUCGAGUUGCAAUGCUUCGAUCUGAAAUUGAGAAUCAAGAGAGAAUUGAAGUCGACGAAGCUGUUCAGGUUGAAACAUUAAAGUUUGAGCAGGACUCGGCUGUUCAGGUUGAUACUUUACCGAAAUUAGUGAGAAUGACAUCGUGUGAUGCCUAUCUUAUUGAAUUGGAAGCUGCGAUUAAUGAAUGUCGUUUAGCUUUGAAUUCUUUGGAAAAUGCUGUCACUCCUGAACCAACAGCUGGAUCUGGUCUCACAACAGCUGCUAAAACAAUCGCAAAAUUAAUAGGAAGUUCACAAUCUACAAUUGAUUUGGCGAAGCAUUUGAAUAAUUUACUUUUAAAUGAUGGACAAUUUGAUAGAGAAUGUGCAAAAGUCACAGAGAUUGAUGAUCUUGUUUCGAGACACGAGGGACUUCUUUCACAAGCAAGAGCACGAGAACAACAAAUUCGAGAGAUGAAUGAUGCUGGAAGAUUAACUUGUCCCAUUUGUUCGCGUCGAAAUUGGGCUCAAUUGGACAAUGAUUUGUGGCGAUUGGAAAAAUGGUUAGAAUUCGCUGAAGGAACACAAAGUGAACAACAUUCGCCAUCAACUAAUAUUGAACAAUUGGAGGAUAUUAUUCAAGAUCACAAGGAAUUUCUUUUGGAUCUUGACAGUCACAAGAGUAUUGUUAUUAGUUUAAAUAUUGUUGGUGCCCAUCUCGAUGAUGAUCAUUCCGAAGAAAGUGAAUUACAAAAAAGAAGAAAAGAAUUACAAAAAAGAUUAUCAAAGGCAAAUAAAAAUUGGGACAAAGUUUGUAAGGCAGCUGAAAAAUGGCAAUUGGCAUUGAAAAAUACACUUAUGGAAAAUUCACAAUUUUAUCAAAUUAUUGAGGAAUUUCUUUUGUGGAUUGAAAAAACAGAGAGUGAAAUAAGAUCGUGUGAACCAAUUGAUUUGGCUGAGGAUUCUGAUCUACGACUCAAAUAUCAAAAGUUUAAGGAAUUAAAGAGUGAUUUGGAAAGAUGUGAACCACGCGUUUUAUCACUAAAAGAAUCAGCCGAUCAUUUAUUAGACGAGGACAAUGAAUCGCGACAAAAACUUCAGGAAUUAAAACUUAAAUUACAGUCAUUGCGAAGACUCACAGGCGUUUAUGUCGUUAAAAUUGGCGCAACUCUUGGUCUAGAUCCUCGAGAUGUUGGCCUUAUAUCAUCAACUUCUUCAUUGGCAUCACUUUCUCGAGAUCUGCUCGAUGAAGCCGCCUCUGGAACUUCUCAACUCCACGACACAGCAUCCACAGAUGGUGACGAAGAGAACGAGACAAAACUUGUCCGUGGAUGCCGAUUUUUAGGAAGAGUACUACGAGCUUCUCUUCCAAUUCAAGGAUUGAUGUUGUUGCUUUUAGGAGCUGCCUCAUUGGUACCUUCGGCCGAGGAAGAUUAUAGUUGUAUGCUCUCUAAUAAUCUUGCAAGGAGCUUUACACCUCUAGUCGAAUAUCCCAAUGGACCUCCACCUUUGUAAUGUUUUUACCUUUUUUGGAUCUUGAACAAAAAAAAAAAAAAAAGAAAAAAGGAAACUUCCCCCUAGUCAGAUAUAUUGCAGAAGUGAGAAUUUUUAAAGUGAGAAAAAGAAAAUAUAUCAGUGAUAUACUUUUUACAGGAAUCACAAAUUUGUACAUAUAUAACUUGAAUACAAUGGACCAAUCAGUUUAAAAAAAACAA